GGGUCAGGCUGUCUUUUGACAAACUAAUAAAUUACUUCCUAAAAUCCUAUAAAUAGCAGCCUAGCCAGGGAUCCACGGGCAGAUGGCUUUUUGAAGUGCACAAUUUAAUUGGUCAAAUAUUUCAAUGUUAUUUAUCAAUCAGGUCAAUCACUGACGAGCAAAAAAAUAUACCUUCAGGGUAUAUUUUACAGUAUUCAUCCUUUAAUUAAGAAAAUCUAUUUUUACUUUUAGUUGUAAGCUCAGGGAAUGCAGGUCGAUCCUAGGGUUACAAACUAAACCACCUUGGUUUGAAAACAAAUCUAACCGAGUAUUUAGAAUGAUCUUUAAGUUUCUUUUUGAAGUUAAAAAAAUAAAUAAAAAGAUGCUGACAUGUUCACAUUGCGUUUUUAAGCUUUAACCGUAAUUUGGGAACAUGGCCUUAACAUGCUUACAGAUCUAAUCAGUUCAUAUUGUGGAUGAAGAUUCACAAAUGAAAGCAUUUAUUGAAAAGGUUUACAUUUUGGUAUACCGAUUAUUGGUAAAGUCUCUCCUAUAACCUAUGUAGUGUCCUCUCUCUAGUGUGUUUGAGAGUGGGUAGGGAAGAUGAACAGCUAGUACAUGCCUUUGGUUCUCCAAAUUAAAGGAGGGCUAUAGCUGAGAAAUACAAACAUGUAUUCCGAAUGCCAUAGUGGCCUGCACGCUGUUUAGUUUUCUGCCCCCUUUAUGAGUUAAAAUGGUAGAUAUACUUCGCCUUCAUUAAGAUUUAUGAUCUCAGCCAAUAGGUAACUAUUAGGAGGUUAAUGAGUAUGUACGGCAAAUCGUCGCACUGCGCCAAACAAAUGCUGCUCUAGGAGUAACAUUUGAUUGAGAACUGAGUGUGGUUCAGUUCUCACAUGAAAGUGCCUCUAGCUUUCAGGAAGACUGCCACUAUAGGUAUGUUUAACCCUGAAUGGAAACCCUAUUUCGGCUGGGUUAAAAGGACAAACCUCCUUAUUAAGAUUAAAUGGUUGUCACGUUUAUGUCUUUUUAAGAAUUUUGAAUAGUUUACUGUGUAUUUAUUGUUGGGGAUAGGUUAGGUCCAGUUCCAGUUGAUGGAAAGAUGUGGUGUGAAGUCCAACACCUGGUAAUCUUUCUGGUUAACAAAUAUAGUAAUUUAAUUUUGUUGCAGAAUUUUGAUUCUAAUGUUGACCAAUUUGGAACUGGAAUUAUUUAUGACCUGUGGCAGAGGCAGUAGCAUUAGGCCCUUAGUCACUCUGGUGUAUAUUUCAUUGUUAUACUGGUGUUGGUCAAAUGAAUCACAUAUUCAUAUUAAAGGAACACAAAAAUGUAUUCCUGAUCCUAUAGUGUUUAACCCACCAUUUGGGUGGCUUGCCCCCCCUAUAAAAGUUUCAAACUCACCUUAUUUCCAGCGCCGCACGGGUUCCGCUGACUCUGCCUCCUUUGUGACAUCAUCAAAAUGGCUGAUUUUUAGCCAGAGGGAAAGCAUUGGAUUGGCUAAAAUCGGCAUGGGGGCAGGGCCAAAUGCCAUUUUGGCCAAUCAGGACCUCCUCAUAGAGAUACAUUGAAUUAAAGCAUCUCUAUGAGGAAAGUUCAGCAUCUCCAUGUAGAGCGUGAGGACGCUGAACGUCAGGGCUGCUUUUUCGGCAGCACUGACCCAGGUAGCACCUCCAGUGGCCAUCUAAGGAGUGGCCAUUUGUAGGUGUCCCUAUAGGCAAUGUAAACACUGCCUUUUCUCUGAAAAGGCAGUGUUUGCAUGAAAAAAGCCCAAAGGGAACUAUUAUACUCACCAGAACAACUACAUUAAGCUGUAGUUGUUCUGUUGACUAUAAUGUCCCUUUAACCCCUUAAGGACACAUGACAUGUGUGACAUGUAAUGAUUCCCUUUUAUUCCAGAUGUUUGGUCCUUAAGGGGUUAAACAAGGAGGAUCUUCUGAUAAAAAAACAUUAUGCAAUGAGUGUUAAUCAUUAAAGUGAGAAUUCUAAGGCAUUUAAAGUGAAUUGAAAAUUUAAGGACAAAGUAGCUGAACUGGGAGUAAAGCUGGCUUUGGAUAAUUUUAAGAUUUUGGCUAUUUAUGGCUUAAAUUUUAAAUUUACGUAAACUUCCUGACUGCUCACUUUAUUUAACAAUCCUGUAAGUGCUAAUUUUAAGUUUUUUAGGCCAAAAAAUAGCUGAAAUGAAAACAUAUGUGGCCUGAAGAGGUUUCUUUUCCCCCUCAGUUUAGAAAAUUUGGCUUAAAAUGUGAGCCAAAUUAUAUAAACUAAAAUAAACUUAGAAUUGUAAACGUUUUUUUUGUUUGUUUUUUUAACAGCCUAAUUUUGUAAAUGUUUUUAUUUUUAUUUUCCCAACAGUUGAGUUUUUUCUAAACGCUGUAUUUGGAGCAGACAGUGAAUACAUAGUCUUAUGUAAAGCUGCUCCUGGCACUGAGAUUUCUUCAUGUUGUAUCCUGUAAUGUAUGAGGAAUGUACAAAGAUAUGAAACUGUUGUUAAAAGCAGAGUGAUUUCCUGUGUUGGAGUGCCUGUUUUGCCAUGUUGCACAGUGAGUCUUUGUUGUGAGUCACUCAGCACAAUCAUCCCUCAGGGUAAUUUAUCCACUGCUUGUUUGAGCAAUAGACUAGCUUCUUAGUCAUUGUACCUGCAGUUAGACUGAGUUGCUUGGUCAGCUUAUGCCCUGUAAUGGAAAAUUACCAUGUUCUAAUUAAGAAAAAUAAGUGAUUUAAGAUAAGAGUAUGUCCCCUUUUUUUUCCCUUCCAUUUUACAAAAAGGAUUUCAGUUCAAUUUGGAACUUUCAUAAAUUUAAAGUUGUCACAUCCCCUUGUAUAUCAAUCAGACAACUGAUCCUGUUACUUCCUGGUUGUUUAGCUCAGUGGAGCUAAACUCAAGAGCCAGGCAGUUAUCCAGAGCACCUGCUUAACAAAGGCCUCUCAUUGAACUGCAUUUGGAAGCCUGUGAUUGGACAGCCACAAAGUCUGGGCGGGAGUUAGAAGUGGGGGAGGAGGGGUGGCUUGCAAAGGCAGCAGACAAGAGAUCUGCAGCUGUUGCAAGCUGGUUUUUAUAUAUGCUCCCAAUGGAAAAAAAUACAUAAUGAAAUGCAUGCAUGUUUUCAUUCAGGUAUAUCUGCUUAAAGGACCACUCUAGGCACCCAGACCACUUCAGCUUAAUGAAGUGGUCUGGGUGCCAGGUCCCUCUAGGAUUAACCCUUUUUUAAAAUAAACAUAGCAGUUUCAGAGAAACUGCUAUGUUUAUAAUAGGGUUAAUCCAGCCUCCAAAUCCUCUAGUGGCUGUCUCAUUGACAGCCGCUAGAGGCGCUUGCGUGAUUCUCACCGUGAAAAUCACAGUGAGAACACGCAAGCGUCCAUAGGAAAGCAUUGUAAAUGCUUUCCUAUGAGAACGGCUGAAUGCGCGCGCAGCUCCUGCCGCGCAUGCGCAUUCAGCCGAAGAGGAGGAGGAGAGCUCCCUGCCCGGCGCUGGAAAAAAGGUAAGUUUUAACCCUUUCCUCUCCUCAGAGCCAGGCGGGAGGGGGACCCUCAGGGCACUAUAGUGCCAGGAAAACGAGUAUGUUUUCCUGGCACUAUAGUGGUCCUUUAACUGUGACAUUAUUUAUUGCAUUUACUUAAGGGAGUGCUCCUUAAAUAAACAGCAGAGGGAUCUCCUAUGGAAGGUCUAAUUUGCUCUCUUUGUCUCUCAGUUCUGCAUUGAGAUGGGGGAAAAAAAACAACUUUUUAAUUUGAUCAACAUGGCUGCUCAGGCAGUAAAAACAAAUAAACAUUAUAUAAAAAAAUAAUAUAAAACUUUAAUACCUGUCUCGAGUUGGGUAAAAACAAUGAAUAUAAACUAAUUAUGCAUUUACUGACCUGGAAUGCAUUAAAUAUAUUUUAAAUAAUCAGGCUUGGUUGUUUUAUUUUUGUACUAGAUGCUGAAUCAUGCAGAUAGACUGAUGAGUUUCUGCAAGUUGCCAUUGAAUGUACUGUAAAUAGAAUGACUUUUUACCAUCUGGACAUCCCCUGGCAUGUUUUGUGUUAGAGCAGACGUUAAUAAUAAUACGAAAGGCAGUAAUUUGUCUGUUUAUUGUUAAUAAAGCUACGUGGAGAUACUGUGGCAGCAGAUCUGACGUUGCUAUGAAAAGUCUCUCUUUUAGGUUAGGAUUAAAAUAUGUUCAUUUCUAGAGUAACACAAUGACGACACAUAAUUGACCCUUUUGGCAAAUUAAAUCUGGGUCGAGCCCCAAAACUCAAACCCCAUUCUGUUUCAGUGCUUCCUUUUUGGUUGAACGCACACAUAUUGUUAAUCAACCCCCAGGAGUUCUUCCCAUAAUAGAUGAGAUGGUUUAUUACAGCAGCCCAGUUAAAUGCACAACCUCUAACUCUAGGAGGAAAUUUAUGAAAGUGUUCGGAAAAAUGACUGUUAAAGGGAACCUAUAAUUUUUAAAAAUAACAAUGUUAUUUACCCCACCCACAGUUAUUCCCACUUCACGGGAUGACAGUGCUGCGGCAGGGGGGGAUAUGCCUUCUAUUUACAUGCUUUUGGUUAAAAAUGAUAACCCACAAUAUUCUCUUCUAUUUCAGUUUUCCAAUAUACAACGUUCAAUUCCCUUGGAAAGAUUUCCUGUUGGCACUCAAUUAAAGGGUUGCUAUAACUUUUUUGAGAGAGGAGACCUUUCUGGUGUAAAAUGCCCCUAUUGGGGGUUCCCUCACUCAAUUUGAUGUGAAACCUAAAUUGAGUUUCAAGGUUUUACUUAUCAGGAAACAGCGCUGGAUGAAGGUCCCACGCUUCCCAUCCAUGCCCCCUCCUGAUGUAACUGGGGCCGAACGUGGUCCAAUCACAGCCUUCUCAUAGAUUGAUUGGCCAUUUUGCCGGCUCCUGGUGCAUGUGUCUGCUCCGGGCCGGCAAGGGAGGGUGGGAGAGGGGAAGAGGGAAAAAAACGAGUGACAUAAGGAGCACCUACAUUGAGGAUGGGAGGGAAGCGCAAGAUUUUCACAUCGGUCGGACUGGACUGCCAAUGUCGCGUGUGCUAGGGGUGCAACCAGCACCCAACACACAGUUACAAAUAUAGUUACAUAGUUACAUAGUUACAUAGCUGAAAAGAGACUUGCGUCCAUCAAGUUCAGCCUUCCUCACAUUUGUUUUUUGCUGUUGAUCCAAAAGAAGGCAAAAAAACCCAGUUUGAAGCACAAUUUUGCAACAAGCUAGGAAAAAAAUUCCUUCUUGACCCCAGAAUGGCAGUCAGAUUUAUCCUUGGAUCAAGCAGUUAUUACCCUACAUUGAAAGAUUAUAUCCUUGAAUAUUCUGUUUUUGCAAGUAUGCAUCUAGUAGCCGUUUGAACAUCUGUAUGGACUCUGAUAAAACCACUUCUUCAGGCAGAGAAUUCCACAUCCUGAUUGUUCUUACAGUAAAAAAAACCUUUCCUUUGCCUUAGACGAAAUCUUCUUUCUUCCAGUCUAAACGCAUGGCCUCGUGUCCUAUGUAAAGUCCGGUUUGUGAAUAGAUUUCCACACAAUGGUUUGUAUUGGCCCCGAAUAUAUUUGUAUAAUGUUAUCAUAUCCCCUCUCAGGCGACGUUUUUCUAAACUAAAUAGGUUUAAAUUUGUUAACCUUUCUUCAUAGCCGAUAUGUUCCAUUCCUUUUAUUAAUUUUGUAGCCCGCCUCUGCACUUUUUCUAGUGCCAUAAUAUCCUUCUUUAGAACAGGUGCCCAAAAUUGCACAGCAUAUUCAAUAUGGGGUCUUACCAGUGAUUUAUAAAGAGGCAAAAUUAUAUUCUUGUCCCGAGAAUGAAUGCCCUUUUUCAUGCAUGACAAUACCUUACUGGCCUUGGCCACUGCUGAUUGACAUUGCACAUUGUUGCAUAGUUUGUUGUCUAUAACAAUUCCCAAGUCCUUUUCAUGUGUUGUUAUCCCUAAUUCGCUUCCAUUAAGGGUAUACGUUGCUUGUGUAUUCUUUACGCCGAAGUGCAUAACUUUGCAUUUUUCAACAUUAAAUUUCAUCUGCCAUUUGAGUGCCCAGUCUCCCAGUCUAUCUAAAUCCCUCUGCAGCAAAGUAAUAUCUUGCUCACAUUGUAUUGUUUUACAAAGUUUUGUGUCAUCUGCAAACACUGAAACAUGACUUUCAAUGCGUCUUCAAGAUCAUUUAUAAACAUGUUAAAUAGAAGGGGUCCCAGAACAGACCCCUGAGGGACACCACUUGCCACCUCUGUCCAGCUUGAAAAUUUACCAUUAAUGACAACUCUUUGUACUCUGUUUUUAAGCCAAUGUUCUACCCAAGAACAAGCAUUUUCAUCUAGACCGAUUUCCUUGAGUUUGAACACUAAUCUAUUGUGUGGAACUGUAUCAAAUGCCUUGGCAAAAUCCAAAAAGAUCACAUCCACGGCAACACCCUGAUCUAUACUUCUACUUACUUCUUCGUAGAACGCAAUCAAGUUAGUUUGACAUGACCUGUGCUUCAUAAAACCAUGCUGAUUUUUGCUGAUAACCAUGUUCUUCUCAAGGAAUUCUUGAAUAUUAUCCCUUAAUAACCUUUCAAAUAUUUUACCAGCCACAGAAGUUAAGCUCACAGGUCUAUAAUUUCCAGGCAAGGAUUUUGAACCCUUUUUGAAUAUAGGAACCACAUCUGCCUUCCUCCAAUCCUCCGGAACACUUCCUGAAAGAAAAGAAUCUUGAAAGAUUAAAAACAGAGGUUCACUUAUUUCUGCACUUAGUUCCUUAAGUACACGUGGAUGGAUACCGUCAGGCCCUGGAGCUUUGUUUAUAUUAACUUUCUUUAGUUGCUGCAGCACCUUGUCUUGAGUUAACCAAUUACAAUUAUUCUGCAAGUUUUUAGUAGCAAUCAUUUGCACAUCUAUUGCCAUGGGUUCUUCCUUAAUAUAUACGGAGGAGAAAAGUUAUUUAAAAUUCCUGCCUUUUCCUGGUCUUCAUUAAUUAACACCCCCGUUUCAGUUUUUAGUGUACCUACACUUUCAUUUUGUUUUUUUUUAGAAUUUAUGUACUUAAAAAAUGCUUUGGGGUUGGUUUUGCUCUCUUCAGCUAUCAUUAUUUCAUUUUGAAGUUUAGCAAGUCUAAUUGCCUUUUUGCACGCAUUAUUUGCAUCCUUAUAUCUUUUAUAAGAUGCAUCUGAUUUGUCCGAUUUAAAUGCUUUAAAUGCCCUUCUCUUAGUUGUAAUCUCUUGUUUUACUUCUCUACUAAGCCAUGUUGGUUUUAAUUUGUUUCUUUUAUAUUUAUUUCCCAAUGGUACAUACUGAGAAAUGUACCUUUGUAAUAUUUGUUGGAAGAUGAUCCAUUUAUCCUCAGUGUUCUUUUCACUAAAGAGUUUAUGCCAGUCAAUAUAUUGUAAAGCUUCCCUUAACUUAUUGAAAUUGGCCUUUUUAAAAUUAUAUGUUUUAGUAUUCCCCAUGUGCUUUUGUUUUUUUGAGUUUAUUUCAAAGGACACUAUAUUGUGAUCACUAUUUCCCAAGUGCUCACCUACUUGAAUGUUGGUCAAAAGAUCAACGUUGUUUGUUAAAACCAGGUCCAGACAAGCAUCCAUUCUAGUUGGUGCUUGUACAAGUUGUGACAUGAAGGUGUCAUUUAACAAGUUUAAAAACCUAAUUCCCUUUGCUGAGGCACUAGUCCCUCUGUCCCAAUUUAUAUCCGGGUAAUUAAAAUCUCCAAUAAUUAAAGUGUUACCCAGAUUUGCAGCUUUCUCAAUUUGCUCAAACAGCUGUUGUUCCUCGUCAAUAUUAACAUUAGGUGGUUUAUAACAUAUCCCAACCAAUAGUUGGUUUCCCUUCUUUUCCCCCAAGCAGAUAUUUACCCAUAAAGCUUCCACAUUAUCCUCCUCGCAUUCCAUUUGCUUAACAUUUGGCUUUAAAUCAUGUUUGACAUACAAACAUACCCCACCACCCUUCUUGUUUUUCCUAUCCUUCCUAAAUAACAUGUACCCAUUUAAGUUAGCUGCCCAGUCAUGUGUCUCAUCCCACCAUGUUUCAGUUAUGCCUAUUAUAUCAUAUUGUUUAGUGUAUGCUGUAUCUCUGGAUAUGCAUUUUUUUUCAAGCUUAAACACUGCACAUUCUGUCACCUACCACCAUGAACACUUCAAAUCACUGAAGUGGUCAUGGUGGUUAGAGUAACCCUUUAACUCUACUUAAACUUCUCUUAUAAUUGGUAUUAUCCUUCAAUUUAUACUUGAAAACUAGAAAAAUCUCAAGGUAUUUUACCUGGUAAAAUAUUUUAUGAACACUUAAUUAUAAUUAUUCUAUAUUUAUACAAAUCUUGUUCCAUUUUACAAAUUCACCUUUCUUUUUUUUAUUUUGUCUUUCCUUCCACACUCCCAUUCCGUAUGUUUAUUCUUAUUAUUCUGGGUUAUGCUGUUGGAGAUGUAGCAGCAUCAUUGCCUUAUCACUGUCUGUAGGUCAUAAAUAAUCUAUAAAACAUGAUUGCUAGCUCAGUGUAUGGAGCGUAAAAGAGUUAAUCACUGCCUCCUGCCAUUACAGUUCCAGGCGUGAAAAUCUAUGUUGCUCAACAGCUAUUUUUAUUGCUAUCCCUUCUGGGAUGUAUUGACUCACAUCCUUUUGUACAUAAUUUUUACCACUUGAACAUCUGUAAUGUAAGAUAAUUUUUUGUGUACCAAGAUUUCAAAUGAUUUGGGAUUUAUUUAUACAGUUCCUGCUUCUGCACACUAAAAUAAUUCCUUUAAUAUACCGGAUUCAUCAUUGCAUGCAUUCUUAUAUUUUUUUGUUGUUGCUGUAAAACAAAGCUCCACAGCAAUAAUACAGUAAUGUGUCUUUAACCCCUUAAGGACCAAACUUCUGGAAUUAAAGGGAAUCAUGACAUGUCACACAUGUCAUGUGUCCUUAAGGGGUUAAACCACAAUAAAUGUAUUUAGAAAUCAGUCUGUGUAAAUAAGAUACAUUGUUCUUAUGCUAAAUUACAUUUUAGAUGCAUACAUUUAUAUUACGUUAUCUAAACCUUUAUAGAACAGCCCUAUACCCCCACUUACAGCCCUAAAAUGAAAGUAUCCCUCUCUCUCUGCUCAUUUUGGGAAUAUUGGGAAGUUGUGUUUUUUUAUUUGCAUUUUUUGUUAUGGAGAACUGACCGGGCAAUAGCAGGUGAAGUGGUCAUGGUACUUGGAGUAACCCUUUAAAACAAAACACAAUAAAACCUAGAAGCAUUAAUGAAACACACUCCAAGAACCAUAAACACUACAGCUUGCUUGCAGUACACCUUGCUGUAGUGUUUAUGGUGCCAGGAGUGCAAUGGCGCUACCCCCUCCCCAUGUGCCGCACCAUGUGAAUUGGAAACGCUCUGUCUGAGAGGCUUGGUUUAUUGAUGCUCUGAGCCAGAUACCUAGUUCUGCAUUGUAGGGUUCAAUUCAGGAAAGCUAGUGGAAGCUCCUCACUUGACAUUUAUUUAUUUAUUUUAAUAUUCAUUCAUUUAUUUAUUUUUAAAUACAGAGGUAUGCAGAGAAUGGGAUAGCACAGAACAGUGUUUCCCAAACCAGUCCUCAAGACACAGAGUUGAUCCAGAUUAUGUCUGUUUCCAUAUUGGAAUAGAAUUGGAACCGCCUAAUUCCAGGACUCUCGGUAUGCCCUGAAGACUGGGAUGGGAACAACAAGCAUGGAAACAAAUAGGAUUUUUUCAAAUUGAAAACAAAUUCCCAAAUUUAGUAUUAAAGUGCUGAUUUUGGAAAACGUCUCCAACACUAAAUGGAGUCCAAUAGAAAUGGGAUUAUUUAAAAGUUGCACUGCUGAAGGCAACAGAAAAUUGCAUUAGGCUUGUCCGUAAAAGCAAAAAAAUUAAGAAACCACUGUGGUACUCCGCAGAUGUGGCCAAAAUAGUAACAAACAAAAAGUUAGCAUUUAGUAAUUAUAAAAUAAACCCAGAGUUAGGAAGAUAGACAGAUCUAUAAGAUUAGGCCGAAAAAGGCUAAGCAAGCUAUAAGAACCUCCAAAGCACACACCGAAAAGAAAAUAGCACAGUCAGUAAAAAAAGAAAGGGACAAAAAUGUUUUAGAUACAUAAAUGAGAAAAGAAAAGUAAAACAAGGAUUAGUUAGAUAAAAAACUAAAGAAGGAAGGUAUAUAGAGGAGGAUAAAGGUCUAGCUGACUGCCUCAAUCAAUAUUUUUGUUCAGUAUUUACAGAUGAAAAUGAAGGAAAUAUAUAUAUAUAUAUAUACUGUGUGUGUGUGUGUGUGUGUGUGUGUGUGUAGAGGAUUCAAAGUGUAUAUUUUAUAUGUUUGGGCGUAUUGUAUGUGUGAGGGGCGCAGUGUGUUGGUUGUGCUGUGUAUGUGUGUGAGGGGUGCAGUGUGUGUUCUUAUCUGCCGUCACAUUAUAUGUUUCUAAUUGUCUUUGUCUGUUAACUCUGAGGGUUAAUAUAUAUAGACUUUCUUGUCUUUAUGUUUAUGUCUAUGUAUAUGUGUAUGUGUGUGUGUGUGUGUGUGUGUGUAUAUAUAUAUAUAUAUAUAUAUAUAUAUAUAUAUGUAUGUGUAUAUAUAUGUGUGUGUGUAUAUAUAGAUAUAUGUAUAUUUGUGCUAUUUAUAUAUGUGUGUGUCUGAGGGUGAUGUGUGUUUGUGAGGGUGCUGUUAGUGUGAGUGAAUGUUUAUUUAAAUAUGUAAAAAAAUAAUAAUAAAAAUAACGUUAUAUCCACCCUCCCUUCUUACCUUUAGCCGGGGGGGGAAGCCGUGCUGCCAUCCCUCGUGGUCUUAGUGGUGAGAGUGAACUGUAGCCUAUAGGGCUAGAGUGCACCCUCGCGAGAUCUAAGCGUUGCCGUGGCAACGUUCCAACCUCGCGAGAGGAACCAGACGUGGAGCUGCUGGCUAGAGGUCCCGGGUCCUCUCCUGCCUCCCUCCAGCCGCAUAUCAGUGCCUGUGGGCCGGUGAGGGAGAUCUUUGAUCUUCCCACCGCCCAUGAAGGCACACAGCAGGGCCUGUGCUCGGAUAGCGCCGGCUCUGCAUGGGCAGACAGGGGAGAUCCUGUGAUCUCCUCUGCCGGCCUCAGCCUAUGGCCAUCGGGCCCACCGGUAUGCCAAUGGCCAGUCCUGGCCUGCUUUAGGGAGAUCAUGCCAAACAAAUGUUAUUGAGUUUUUUGAUUGGGUAACUAAAAUAAUAGAUCAGGGUGGUGCAGUAGACAUUGCUUACCUAGAUUUCAGUAAGGCUUUCGACACUGUUGCACAUAGAAGGCUCAUCAAUAAACUGCAAUCUUUGAGUUUGGAUUCCAAUAUUGUUGAAUGGGUAAGGCAGUGGCUGAGUAACAGGCAACAGAGGGUUGUAGUCAAUGGAUUAUAUUCAAUGUAGUAUAUAAGCAUGGUCUUGUCACCGGUAGGGUACCUCAGGGAUCUGUACUUGGACCCAUUAUCUUUAAUAUUUUUAUUCGUGAUAUUGCAGAAGGUCUUGAUGGUAAGGUGUGUCUUUUUGCUGAUGAUACUAAGAUAUGUAACAGGGUUGAUGUUCCAGGAGGGAUAAGCCAAAUGGCAAAUGAUUUAGGUAAACUAGAAAAAUGGUCAGAAUUGUGGCAGCUGACAUUUAAUAUGGAUAAGUGCAAGAUAAUGCAUCUUGGACGUAAAAACCCAAGGACAAAGUACAGAAUAUUUGAUCGAGUCCUAACCCCAACAUCUGAGGAAAGGGAUUUAGGGGUAAUUACUUCAGAUGAGUUAAAGGUAGGCAGACAAUGUAAUAGAGCAGCAGGAAAUGCUAGCAGAAUGCUUGGUUGUGUAGGGAGAGGUAUUAGCAGCAGAAAGAGGGAAGUGCUCAUAGUCUUAAAUUAGAGGGGCAAAGGUUUAAAAAUAAUAUCCGGAAGUAUUACUUUACUGAGAGGGUAGUGGAUGCAUGGAAUAGCCUUCCAGCUGAAGUGACAGAGGAUAACACAGUAAAGGAGUUUAAGCAUGCGUGGGAUAGGCAUAAGGCUAUCCUAACUAUAAGAUAAGGCCAGGGACUAAUGAAAGUAUUUUGAAAAUUGGGCAAAUAGGCUGAAUGGUUCUUAUCUGCCGCCACAUUCUAUGUUUCUACUACAAUCAGUGCUUGACAUUUUAGCCUAAAGUUUAAAAUUAAGUAUUUAACAAAUAAAUUCAAAUUAAAGUGACAGUGCAAUGUUUUUAUUCUUGUUUUAGUAUUCCUUUUGUUAUGCCCCUUGUAUCAUAAUGCUUAUACUCUACUCUUACCAGUUUCCUUUAUAAUAUUUAUUAUAUGUUCUUAUUUUCACCAGAUCACAAUACCAGGCACCACCAUUUUUGUUCUUCUUGACCAAGGGUUGAACUUAAACAAACUCCACUUCCUUUGUCAAGCUGAAUAGUCUCAUAGUGCUCACCUGACCUUUCGUAUCCCAUGUUGCAUUGUAUUGUCAUUCCUCUUCUACUUCCAACAACAUCGCACAUGCUUAAUAGAAGAUUGUUUUCCUUCCUGUUUCUGGGUAUGCGCAGAAAGCGUAGCGGAAUAUGGGCAGACGAGGGAAAAGGCAGUUCAUUACUGCCAGUACAAUAGAAGGUGGCGGCCAAUUAGAAAAUGUUCCAGUGCUGGGAAAUUUGAAACAUUAUAGAUUAAAAUUGGGUUAAUAAUAUUCCACACAUUGGGGCGACACUAACGUGUGUAAUAUUAUUUAUGGGGGGGAGACAUAAAAAAAAUACCCCAAAAUUGGUCUAGCCAUGACAGAACUGCUUUAACUUGACAAUUGAAAUGGAACUUUGCUUAAGCUCUACUCGUUGCCAAAGAUUGCCAGAGGACCACGCUCUCCAUAAGAACACGUACUUCUAUUCUUUGUUGUGUGUAACUGAAAAAAUUAAGGUCAAUUUAAAAUGAAAAUAAAAAAGGGACUAAAAAAAAAAGAUUAUUUUAACAGCCAAACCUGCAAAAUAACAUUGCCACUUUACUCAAAUAUUGUACAUAUCACUGUAACCCUACAACUCCUGUGACGCUGAUCUCUUUUUACUAGUGAUGGUUACCAUGUGUCAUGUAGUUCCACAGUUAAUGGACUGCAUUGCUGCUUAACCAGAACUACAUACUGUUCACUUAAUCUAACCACUUGUUGCAGAUACGACUUCAACAGACCUAAUUAAAGCCAUAUUAGUUAUUAACUUAUGGAAACUUACAUUUAAUCAUAAAAAUGUAUGGAAAUAUACAUGCAAAUAUAGAAAUAUAGGACAAAUGUAGGAUAAAACCCACAGACCCUUUUUUUUUUUUUAAAUACCUACUUUAAUCAAAGAUACAAUUUUGACCACAUGUCCACUUAACAGGACUUCAAAUUCAACAUAAGUUUGUUAUAAGGAAAAUGUUUAUUCAAUGAUAUUUUCAAAAAGUAAACUCCAACAGUUUGUUUAUUUUUAAUUGGUAACUUAAAUUGCCAUUGUAUUUAAACCACCAGUACUAAAUUGAUUAAUAUUUUAUUGUUUGUGUGUUGUAGAUAUGAAGAAGCCUCCAGUAGCUCCGAAACCGAAACAUGUAUUUGGGCAGAAACCUAGCCCACCACCUGUCGCACCCAAACCAGAUUUAGUUGUGUCAAACAAUGUUCAAGCUUCUAAAAAGUCAAAACCAACAAUUGCACCAAAGCCGAAGGUUUUACGAGGUUCUUCAGUUCCUGAAGACAGAUUACAGCGCACUGUCAAAUACUGUAGUAAAAGUACAGAAGAAAAUAAAGGAAAUUGUCCUGGAACCUUGCGAUGCAAAAACGAAACGUCGAAUGAUACGGAGAGUUCUUCCUAUAUAAUUUCGAUAUGUUCAUGCACAUGUGACUGCACUCAUAAACUUGGAAAUGGUGAGCAUUGUAAAAAUCCACAAAAAGUUAUUGAAAUGCUAGGAAAUUUAGAAAACAAAAAAAUGUGUGGACAGCCAGCUCCAUCUGCAAGAACUAGGAGAAAAGCGUGCAGCCAACAGGUAAAACUGGGGAAAGAUAACCAAAUUACUUUGAGAUCCAGCAAUUUAGAAGAUAAGAUUAACCAUGUUUUAACUUCUAAUGGCUCUGCCUUUAAACAUGAAAACUCUGAAAAUGUUAAGGCGGUGACUCAUCGACCUAGUAAAGAUAAAAUGCAGUCUAAUUGUUCUGAAGGAUCCUUCUCCGAUGGAUAUACAUGCAGUGUGAACCAACAGAACAACCUAAAUGCUGACAUGUCUCCCCCACCAGUUCCUCAUGGCGGUUUUGUAUAUCAUUCAGAUUCAGAAAAAAUGGAUAAUGAAAGAAAAAAUAAUGGUAUUCUACCACCUAAUACCAAAUUAACUAGAGAAGGUCAUAAAAAGAUAGUCCUACAGCAGCGAUCUCUUCCUCCGCAGAAGGUACUUCCAGUUCCAAAACCAAGAAGACUGAAGACACCUUGUCUGGUGCGCCAAGAUUGUUUUGAGCGAUCAACUGAAGGGAAUGAGGCCUACAUUCCAUCACGCGAUGAGUCGACAGAAUCUACAAAACGUGGCUUAAAUGGUCUUGAUUGCCCCAAAAAACACCUUGAACUUGAGAAAACCGGCUCAGACUCCCAGAAUAACAUCAAUGGCCCAAGCCAACCAAGUGAGAAUUGUGAAAUGGAAAAUGGAGAACUUUGUGAGAAAUCAUGCCUGGAGUCAGAAAUGCCACACGAAACCAUGAGUAACAAUUCAAGCAAGCCUGACCUUGAAGAGGAAAAUAUCUUUAGGAGAUGUAGUUCUCUGUCAAUGAGUUUACCAAAACAAUUGCGAUUAAUUUAUGAACAGCAGUUACCUGUAAAGAAAACUUGUGAUAUUGCCACUGAGAAAACAAAUGUCCAAGCAGAAAAUUCUCCAAAGGUUGCUCCAAAAAAGCCACAAAGGCACAGUUUACCACCGUCUGUUUUACUUAAAAAAGCCGCAUCUGAGGAGAACCUUCAAGACUGUAAUGAUGAGAAACCUUCACGUGCCAAUUCUGAGUUUCAAAGCACCUAUCAUAGACAUUUGUUAGCCAAUGGAGAAGGCUUAUCAUCUUCUCUCAAUAUUCCAAGGUUGCCUUCAGAAAAACCUGCAUGGAAGUUACCUCAUCCAAUUUUACCAUUCUCAGGGAGUCCAGAGUCGUUGAAGGGUUACUCAAACAGUGAAACUGUGAGCCCUGUCACUAAACCUAGGGCCAAGUCCUUGUCGUCUGUUGACAUGGAUAUCAUAAACAAACCUGCAAAAGAGAAUACUAAAAGAAGCCCAUUAAAGAAGCUUCUCAAUAUGAAAUUGUCUGUCUGCAUUAUAAAAAGUGACUUUCAGAAAUUUUUGUCUCGAAGCUGUCAGUCCUCCGACAGUACCUCAUGUGAUAUUGUUUCUUACAAGGAGAAUGCAUCGUCACCGGUAAUGGAUAAGAAAUCAAAACCAACAAAGGCGCAUUCUGCAGAUUGUUCUAGUCCUCCUCAGAAGAAAUGGCAGAAGCAGGGGAUUGAUGUCAAUGUAGCAUCUACCUCAAAAGAUGAUGGCUUUGCUACCAAGCAGAUGCCAAUGCAAACAACGUCAACGGAUCUGACCCACGAGGACCUUCCUGGAUAUGAAAAUAUUUGUCACUAUGAAGAAAUCCCAGAAUAUGAAAAUCUACCUUUCACUUUGCUUUCAGAUCAAAGUGACUGUGAUGCCACAAUUUAUGAGGUAGAAGAUCCAAAUGAAGUUUCUUCUGCAAUUAAUUCUCAUGUUUAUCACAGGUAUGCCCCUUUCUUUCGUUUGCCAAAAUUUUAUGUGACAAGGUCAUCAGCUAUAGUCUUGUGUUGUUCAUUAUUAAAUCUGUUCAGCAGUAUGUGUAUGAAAAGGAUUUUAUAUUGACCAUUUAAGGACCAAGGAUUUUUUUUCAAUUUGAAGUUUAUUGGAUUUAAAAACAUCAAAGGGGGUUACAGAAAGCAAGAAGGAAUGCAGUGGGGGACAGUUAUAUCAAUUUUACUGUCCAAACAUAAUAUGACACAACAGAACAUCCUAAUAUGUUGAAUUAUAUAUACAGACAAGUCAUCAUUUAUACAGCAAAGUUUCAUCAACCGAGUGGUUAUGUCGCUAGUGGAAGUGUCUCUGUCUACGUGGAACCUUUGUGGAGACAGAGGCCUUAUUUCUGAGUGGUUGAUUUAGGUAGUUUUUUUUUUUUACAUUUUUUUUUAAUUGUGUCUUUUAUUUUCGCUACCCAUUUUCGCUACUUGCUUUUUGGGUUGUCUUGUGCUUGCCAAACUGUUGAACGAUCAUGAGUUUGUAUGACCAAUUUAGAUCUACCUGUCUAAUGAGGUCUUCUACUGUUGGGUAGAAUACACAAAAUGGUUAAGCGCUAAGCAAUAGAAAAAGGCAGCAACCCUAAAGGAGGAAUCCCUCUAAACCCUUUAGGGAAUAUAAAUAAAAAAGGUAUAAAAGGGCUGUGCCAAUAGACAAUAUAAAAAAAUAAAUAGAUUUUUGGAACAAACAAGAAAUAAGUCAAUGUGAUAGUCCUAACAAGUAAUAAUCUCUUGAUAGCAGACGUUUUAGUCUUUAGUACAGCAAGGACUUUUCUUUUGGGUAGGACAGCUGUCUUCAUUUUCUUGUUGAUGUAUAUAGAAAGACAAAAGCAAGGGUGGAAAUAGUGUAAUACGUCAAAUAUAGUUAUGUAAAAAAAAAAAAAAACAGUAUCCCACUCACAUUUUAUAGAGCCUUUGCCAGCUCUAGCGUAUAUAGCAUGCAGUGGUAUAAUCCCCACUUAUAAGAUGUAUUGGAGGUGUCCGUUUGGCUCACGAUGACAGGAACCAAGGGAGAAAUGAAUAAGGUGACAGAUAGUGCUCUCAAUAAAACAAGUGAUGUAUAUGAUAAAAAUAGUUAAAAUCCUACAUAGUAUGUUAAAUACAAUACUUUCUAAGGUUAUUUGUUUUCUGUUAUUGUUCUUCUUUAACUAUAAAAAAACUAAACUCUGGCGGAUUGCAACCAAGUCGAUCACCCCAACAUGAAGAAAAGCCUUAACAAAAUAACUCUCGACUUUCUUUUUCUUCCUGUAAUACAUUGUCGACAUAUGUACUAUGAUAUGGCUUUUGCACAAGCCUAACAAUGUUACUUAACCAUGCGAUCUGCCAUUGCAAAGAUAAAGAGAAAAAAAAUAAAUUGUUAAAAUAUACUUACAAAUAUGGAGCAGACUAACUGCUCCAUGAUGACAGUGUUGGUGGUUUGACCCCACCUAGGAUUGCUUUGGAGAAGAGAUAAAAGAUGCCAGGAAGUAUGAAAACCGUAUUAAAACUAAAUAAAAAAGGUCAUUGGUACAGCACACACGUGUAGUGACCAAAAUCCUUUAAUAGGUAAAAUUCAAAGUAGUAACAUCCAGUAACGCGUUUUCACCAGUAUGGCUUUUUCAAAUGGAGUAAAAACAUAUACCUGGCUAGAGAGGGUUUAUAGUGGCAUAAAACCACUUACAAUUUUCGUAAAAAACACAGUGUAACAAGUUGGCCAAUCAGCUGUAAGCAUAGUCUAAACAUAGAUUAAACAGAAUGAAAUAUAUAUGUAUGUAUUAAUAAUAGUAAAAGGGGCCCAGAUAUAUAAUUUGUUAUUAAAAACGAGCAUUGGAACAAAUAGCAGUUAACAAACCAAAAACACUUUUUUAAAACUUUUUUUCUUUUGGAAAAGACCAUAAGGCGCAUACCCUUAUGGAGGCUGUAGUCUUAGGGAAUGUGCAUCCUUGCAGUGGGUGUCGGCAGAGUAACGACUCUCUCCAACACCCCAGGGGGCGGUAACAUAUGAGCACAGCAUUUUAGCCCAAAUAAUGGACAUCGGCAAAGUAAGAACUAAGUAGAAACAAAUAGUGAAAAAAACGCUAAACGGCCAUCAUAGUGGGGAAAUAAAGGCUAAUAGCAACGGCCAUAUUGAAGGGGAAUUUGUAUAUAUUUCUAUAUACAUCAACAAUAAUAUAAAGACUGCUGCCCUACCCAAAGAAAAGUCCUUGCUGUACUAAAGACUAAAAUGUCUACUAUCAUAGACACUAGACGUAUGCUUUGGAUUUAUACAGUCCGACGGCGUACGUAGGUUGUCUAUCAAGUAUGACUUUAGUUAGAGGUAUGAGAAAAGGGCCCUGUGGCGGAGGGCGUAUUGGGCCUGAACCACAGGGAAGGACAGCAACCAAGUCUAUCAAAGACUUGGUAUACAUGAUGAACUCCUCUCUCUGCCCAUGUUUCCCAGUUAAAUGUUGGGACCAGGCACCCCAUUGUCUGCAUUGACGUGACUAGUGGUAUUUGAGGUUCCAACACCAAGCUAUCUCUCUCCGUGUCCCACACUUGAAAUGGGGUCUGUUUAUUGGGCAAUAAGUGGGAGAGGGGUGGUCUAGAUCGCCUCAGCAUCCAAAGCAGUGAUCUGAACUCCUUAGUGAUGAUCAGUGGGACUCCACCCCAACCCAUUGGGGUGCUGCGGAGGGGUGGUUGAGUUGUGCAAUGUUGGGGAGAAAGGCAGCUCUGUGGUAUGCUGCGAGUGUGACAAUGUGGGCCAUUAGCAUGUCUUUAAGCAUGGUUGCCUUAGUCGUUGCGUACUUGUAUAGUGUGAUCAAGUGAGGUGCCAGAAUGUGUGCAAUUUUUUUUGUAGUAAGUAUUGGUGAGCCUGUCCGGGCCUGGGGCUUUAUUUGUGUGGAGCACCUCCUCUUCUGUUAUAGGGGCUUGUAGAGCGUCAAUUUGCUCCUUUGAUAGGGUUGGUAGGGACAUCUUUCUCAGGUACUCCUUGAUUUGUGCGGGUGAUGGCUCGGGUGUUGCUGGGUCUUUACCUAAGUUGUAGUAGGACUCGUAAAAUUCCACAAAGACAUCACUGAUGUCCUUGUGGGUUAUCCUCUUCUCUCCCGAUUGUGUAAAAAUGUAUGGGAGUUUGGUGUUUGUCUGCCUUUGCACCAGACGUCUGGCUAGUAGCUUGCUAGCUCUAGUUCCCUGAAUAUAGUGAGUGGCCUUGAGCUUUCAGUGGCCGUAUCCCACCUUUGUGUUGUCAUGCUCUCUAGUGGGUAAAUGCUCCAUGAUCUGAGCUUUCAACACCUGGGAUGGGGAUAGUUGGUUUUGCUUAUUAAGGUGAUACGAUUGCUUUAGCAUGUCCCUCAUUUUGGCCUGGGAUUUCUGUGCUGGCUUUCCAUAUCAAAAACCUUCUAAUGACUGGUUUAUGGGCAGUCUAUAGGGUUUCAGAGGUGAUCUCUGGUGUUUGGGUUUUAGUAAAGUAUUCAGUUAGAUCUUUAGUGAGGUCCUGGCAGAACGCCGCAUUGUGCAAUAGGUUUUCAUUCAAUCUCCACGGGUUUCGGUUCUUAUAAUGAUAGGUAUCUUUUAGAUCUAAAGUCAGCGAUGCAUGGUCCAACCAGGACAUGGUGCCUAUCGUGCAUGAUGAUAGUUUGUUGAGGUUCCAAUGUGCGUGUAUGUGUUGUGGACAGGGGAAAAGAAGGUGAAACCCCUCUCUUCACGAUGGAAAACUCUCCAUGCGUCAUAAAGGUCAUGGUCAUGCAGUAGGUGCACCAGCGGCUUGCAUUCUCACGUGGGGGUGGCAAAGUCCUUUGCUGGGUCAAGAACAUGGUUGAAGUCACCGCAAAGUGUUGUUCUUCCCCAUUAGCAAGGACUUUGUGUAAGUAGUUCCUCUGGUCUGUAUUGGGAGCGUAUAGGUUGCCAAUUGUAUACUCUAGAUUGUUGAUUUCACAAACCAAAAUAAUAAACCUCCCCAUGUCAUCUAUGAGAUUGUAAAUUGGUUUAUAAGAGAUGUCUCAAGUGAAAAGAAUGUAUACCCCUUUUGUUUUAGAAUCGGAUGUACUGUGGUAUUGGAAGGGGUACAAUGUUUGCACUAGCGGUUGUGCUUGUUUAAAGUGUGUUUCCUGGAGACACACUAUGUGGGAUGGGCCUUGCGGAGGUCUCUGAAAAUAUACAGCCACAAUGUUAAGAGGCUGAAUACCCCAUAGUGGGAGUUCCUAUGCUAGAUUGUGCUUUUUACCCUUUCUGCAAUGAAAAUCCAAACAAUAUAGUAGUUAUCUGCGAGAGGUGUGUAACCCAAGAGUGAGUAUCCAUCCCCCAGGGGUGUGAUCCAAGCGACACAGUGUGGCCGCCUUAGUGGUCUUGUCGCAUCAUAACUUGAGGAGGUCAGAAUAGUUUGUAGUGGUGUUGCUGCGUGUGAGGAGUCCCAUUGUAUGGACUGAGUCAGGGUGAGAGGUGAUAAGCAGAAUGUACAAUGCACAGAGGAAACAUAGUCAACAUAAGCAUCAAAAACAGUAAAGACAAACAUUGCCCAGUAGUGGGUGGUGCACCAACUAGGUGAAGGACCAAGGAUUUUUGAGCUGCAAUGUGCUUUCUCAAUUUAUGCACAAUUUCUCACUUUAUGUUUAAGUGCACUUAUACAUAUUGUGUAUCAUUUGAAGAAGAAAUAGCUUUCUUUUGAUACCCCAUAUGUAUACAUAAUGCAAUAUUAAAGGGACACUAUAGUCAGCUGAAUGAAGUGGUCUGGAUGCCAGGUGCCUCAGGUUUUAACCCUUCAGAUGUAAACAUAGCAGUUUCAGAGAAAUGGCUAUGUUUACAUUGCAGGGUUAAUCCAGCCUCUAGUGGUGGUCUUCCUGAGAGCCGCUAGGAGGUGCUUCUGUGACGCUGGAUGCCAAAAUCGCAUUCAGCGUGCAGAACGUCCAUAGGAAACUAUCGAGGGAGCCCGGUGCUUGAUUAAGGUAAGUGGCUGAAGGGGUUUUAACCCCUUCAGCCCAGCGGGAGGGGGACUCUGAGGGUGGGGGGACCUAAGGGUUAUAUAGUGUCAGGAGAACGAGUUUGUUUUCCUGACACUAUAGUGAUCCUUUAAAUAGGAAUAGAUGUUUUUUUUUCUUCUUAGCUUUACAUUCACUAAUUUCUACGUAAAGAAAACGAACUCAAAAUAGAUUCACUUAUUAGUCCUAUUUGUUAAAAUGCUCAAUAUGUGUAGGAUUUCAAUGAAUUUUUAGAAGUUAUAAAACAAAUACUGCAAGGAGUGAAUUACGGUUUUAAAACUAAAACUUUGCAAAACUUGGCAUGCUGAGAUUACAACUUUAAUUGUAGCCGCAGAAUCCAAAACCACGACAUAAUUGUAUACAUUUGUAGAAAGUACAUCUUUCUUGGCUAUGUAACAAAGAUCAUUUUGACACUUUUCGUUUAACCAUUUUAUAACGAACCUAGGUCAAAUGAGGGGGGGGGGGGGGGGGACUGACCUGCUAGUGGGGGCACUCUGAUUGUAGCACUGCAGCCUUUAAAAGGAUUUAAAGGGCUAUGAGCAGCGCUCACCUUGAGAGCUGCACAUGACUCAUCUGUAAGUCUCGGGCUUCUAACUGUGGCCAUUGUCACACUGCUCAAAUGGUUCGGCACAGAAACUAGGAAAUUAUGUCCAGAACCAGCUGGUGCCAUAACCAACACUAUAUUAGGCUUAGAGUGCUAAUUUAAACUUAUGGCAAAAACAGGGUAUUCAGAUUUAUUUUAUUUCACGUGUUUUGCCAUUUUGCAGUUUGCUUCCUUAUCAUUGAUACAAAUUGUGUAUAUGUAGAGCAUGUGUGUUAUAAAUGUAAGAUAAUCGCAUUGGUCCUCUUAGUUUCAAGGUUUUAUGCUUCUGCCUUCUCACAAGAUGGGUACUUGGCACACAGAGACCUUAUCUCCCCCUCAUGCUUUCUCUUCCAUCCUGUGUGUGACUGCAGACACUAUGACUAUGAGCUGUGGGCUGCAUGUUCUCUAGGUUUCCAGAUCUCUGCCAACUUGCGUUCGGUCUUGCCAUUCAGGAAGCUCAGUCAGCUGACAUUGUUCCAAGUCAAACUAAUUAUUUUUUAUUUUUUUUUAACUGACCACUGCAUUUGACUAUUUUGUUAUUUCAAAAUCAGGGCAAAGAUAGAAAAGUGGGGCAGAUAACUGGACAAGAAUGCCAUUAUUUUAUUAUAGUGUAUAAAAAUGAUUUUACAGACAUUCCUCAAUGUCACUAAAAUGUUCUCUUAAACAAGGGACACAAGAUAAAACCAAGACACGUUGCAUGUAAACUAUCCCAAAUCCCUAUGCACAUUUAAAUAACAGAGGGUUUUAGUGUCACUCCAAUGGCCUUUAAGGUGUAAGCUCAUCUGCCAAGAUCAAGGCAAACAUUGUGGGUCCUAAAACUCUUAAAGCAUUUGAGCUUUGUCAGUCAGUACACAGACUUUAAUGAUUUGAAAAGGCUGCUGUUUUGUUUUGUUUUUUUGUUCUUUUUUUUAAAUGACGAAAGUUUAUUCACUAACUUGUAGCGAUUUUCAAAGUGAAUUUCAUAUUUUGCACCAAAAUAGUCCAAAUUAAACCAUAACUGACUUGGAAACAUUGACCUAAACUUUUAACUUUUACUGCCAAGUUCUAACCAAUUGUACUCUAAAGGAACACUAUAGUGUCAGAAACUCAAACCAGUAUUCCUGACCCUAUAGUGUUUAACCCACCAUUUAGGUGGCUUGCCCCUCUCCCCCCUUUAGCCCCCAUAUAAAAGUUUAAAGCUCUCCUUAUUUCCAGCGCUGCGCAAGUCCCAUAAGGAAAGCCUUGGAUUGGCUAAAAUCAGCACGGGGAUGGGGCCAAAUGCCGUUAUUGCCAAUCAGGACCUCCUCAUAGAGAUGCAUUAAAUCAAUUAAUCUCUAUGAGGAAAAUUCAGCAUCUCCAUGCAGAGUGUGGGGACGCUGAACGCCAGUGCUGCUUUUUCGUCAGCACUGACCCAGAAAGCACCUCCAGUGACCAUCUAAGGAGUGGCCACUUGGAGGUGUACCUAGGGGGCAAUGUAAACACUGCAUUUUCCCUGAAGGGAGCUAUUAUACUCCUCAGAACAAUUACAUUAAGCUGUAGUUGUUCUGGUGACUAUAGUAUCCCUUUAAACUAUAUAAAUUAUAAAAUAUAACUUGUGCCAAUGGGCAUGCAGACACAUACAUUGACUAUGGUCUGCAAUGCGCUCAUCUUGUCACACUGGCUUCAGAAGCUUAAUUAAUUUAUUUUUAAAAAUUUUUUUUUUUUUUUUAUAGCUGUGCCUUGAGUUGUGCCCUAUGUUCUAAGGUUUGAGUGUAACUUUUUUAGUGAAACUAAUAGUUACUAUAAGCUGAAAGGCCAUGUUAAAGCUGUGAGUGGUUUAUAAGAUAUUUCAAAAGUUCUGUAGUUUAUGUAUGUAUUCUCCCCAGACUAGAAAACUUUACAAGUCUGUUUCCACCAUGGUAAUACAUGCUGCUGGUAAAAGCUGUAUAAAUGUUAAGUAAGCGGGAUUUGGUGUUUUUUGUUAUAGAAAUGAAAGGCGGUCAAUCACUGGCUUUGCAAGUGUUGGCCUACAAUUCCCAUCACCCUUAGUGAUAUAGUCCAACAACCGGAAAGCUGCAGGUGGAUUGAUCAGAUGCUUAUGUGAUAUUUGCUAAUAUUCUUGUCAUUUUGUUUAAAUUUACAAACUAUAGCCAUUAUUUAUGUUUUUGGUUAAUCUGACAUCUAGACUGUUAGUUUUGGAAUGGCUGGCUAAGAAGUAUGGGAGUUGUAGCUGGGCAGAUGGACAUGGUUGCAUGAAGUGUGGGAGGCUGAUGGCAAUCCAUAUACGGAAUGUCUCAAGUGCAAUGUAUUAAAAGGAUUAGGAAAUGACCCUUUGCCAGAGUGCUGUUUUAUUUUAUAGAAGAGCCAUCCCUCUUUAAAAAUACCUUGACCAUUAGUUCUGUUUAGAUGACAUAAUAUGGUCAUUAUCCGGAGGGUGACACACAGCUGGUAUUAGGAUUUUAUUGUAGAAACCAAAUCUGCGACUUCAGCUAAACCAGUUUUAGUUACUGUGAAUUGCGAGGGGAAACAUCUGCUGAUUAAACUCUGUCAUCUAUUUUCCCAGUUGCAAGCUAGUGCUGAUGUAAAACAAAUGAUUUUUGGGUCUCCUAAUAAGUUUUUUUAUUUUUUAUUUUUUUUUAUUAGAUAUGCAAACAGAGUGCUUCCACAGUAUAACUUAGUUACAGGAUGCAAACCUAAUUUGCCAAAUACACCAGCAUCCUCCAUCUACAGGGCAGCGGAAAUUACUCUGUGUCCAAAUUAUUUAAUUACUCCAGAUAUUGAUUCUGAAGGUUAUACUACAGACCCCUAAAUCUGGAAGAAUUGCAUCUGUUGCACAGACUCCUUAACCAUAAGCAAGACGAUAGGUUGUAGUAGUUAUAUACCUUCCAAUUGUUUAGAAUCCAUCAGGUCAGUAACUUUCUUAGACCUGUAAUUAUGCUGCGGAUUGGUGCUAUAAUGUACCUUUUUUGGGAAGAUCAAGUGACGAGUCCCCAGUGAACAGUAAGAAUGAUUUGACAACUUUUUAAAAUUAUGUAUUAUAUGUUGAAAUCCUUAUGUGAACUCAAUGAAGGAAAAUGUUGUUAGUAAUAGGCUUUGCAAUAUUCUUCAGAAUUUGACGCAUUACAUAUUGUUAAAAGGGGAAACAUUACACACACACGAAAUAAGAUUCUUGAACACUGAAUACAGCCUGAUAGGUUUACGGUACUGUUGCUCUGUGAAAAAGCAGAUCCAUGCCAUUCCACUUUCCUAGGUUUGCUCUACAUCUGUAGAUAUCACAGGCCAAAUAUACAGUAAGAGCUGAACGAGCGCACCAUUAUUCGCACUCACACUCCAUAUAGUAUAUAUUGGGCUCACCAGAUCUAUUUAAUGGGCUCUGAGCUGGACAUCUCAAAGUGGGGUUGGCUAGUGUGAUGUCCCCCCCCCCUUUUUUUGCAUCACCUGUGACACAAAAGGGGGUUUCCUGAUGGCCUACCCAACUCUGUCCUGCUUUUUAUAACUUUUAUAACCGUUGGCUGUGGUGGAAUGGGACAGUGUUACUAUAUGUGUGAUCCUUUCUCUAUUGUUACAUGAAACUAUUAUUUUUGUCUAAUCGCCUGUAGCUGCUAUUAGAGGUUACUGCAUGUUACUUGUGUUGCACAUGUGUUUGUUCAGGAUUUAUUAAAAGAGCCUUUUCAGACAUUAGAUUUACUAUGCAAAAGUAAUGUAGUAAUCUGAGUAUUUAAUUACAAUUUUACCAAAAAAUACUAAAAUAGUGCACAAUGAAUCACAAGAUACUUUACAUACUUCCAUGACUUCCUUUUUCUGAUGUUGUGCGUUGUUCUCUGAAUCAGCACGCAUAUCUUGUCUCAUGACACGCAGUUUUCCAAGUCUGCAACAAUUCGUGACUUGCAAAUGGUUUAAUUCCAGUGCAGCAUCCAACCCUCUGAAUUAAAUGAGUCAAAAAUAAAGCGUUUAGAUAUGUUAUUGAAACCAGACCAGGGUUUACGUAUUUAUCAUUAUCUACAGCUGAAUUAUUGCUGCAUGCACAUUUCUAAAAUGUUAAUAUAAAUAUGUACAAAACUGUUCUGCGCAUGCUGUGUUCGUUUACUGUAAUCUGUUAGUGUAACAGUGUGUGAUUAUUAUAUUGUAAAUGAGAGCUCGAUCAAUUGAGCUUUGAUCAAUAUAAUUUAAUUCUGAAAAACAAAAAGUAAAAAAAAAAGGGACGUUUAGUCAGCCCCGAUUUAGUCUUUGCUUUGAUACAUAGAUUGUAAUUCUUUUUCUUAGAUUUUAUGAACAGUUUUUUGGAAAAUCCUCUGUGUGAACAAACAAUAUAUUUAUGGUUUGCUUGCGCAUACAUCCCACCCCAUCUGUUCUUAAAAUACUUCCUUCUUGCUGGUUUCUGUAUCUACAUAUGUGACAAUACAGUUUAGUUUCCGUUUCUCUCACCUAAACAAGCCUGCUGCCUUGGUAUUCCGUACGACUCAGGUCUCCUCAUAUCCAAUCUGUCUCCAGAUCCUGUAACUUUAAAUAAAAAUAUUGCCUGCAUUCGUCCAUUUCUAACUCAAGAUACACCUAAGGCACUUGUUCAUGCAGUCAUCAUUUCCCGACUUUAUCUAUUGCAACUCACUACUCAUCUGAUCGGCUUCCAAAUACCUGCCUUGUCCCUCUUCAGUCUAUGAGUGCUGCCACAAGUCUCAUCUUCGUGACUGACCACUACUCCUACACCUCACCCCUUUGCCAGUCAUUACAUUGGCUUCCUGUACCCUUCAGGAUUUAAUUCAAACUGCUAACUCUAACCUACAAAGUUCUCAAUAACCCCAAUUCUCUCCCCAUUUCCCCUUUACUCAACAAAUAUACCACUUUUUAUUCCCUUUGCUCUGCAAAUGACCUUCUGCUCACAUCUGCUCGUUAAGAAUGCUUGAAGACGUUCUAAAUAUUGGUUUGCAAAAACGAUAUUAACUCAAGCAUGUGCAAAAUACAACUAAUUAUUUGAUGCUUUAGGGUUAUUUUGGUGCCUGGCGUGCCCCUUUAAGUAAAGGAGAAUGCUUAUGAAUAAUGUACAAUUCUAAUGGUAUGAGAUUGUUUAUAUGAAUAUUUUACUGACAGGCACUUAACUGCCCCCCAUGAUCCAUUUAACGCAUCCUGUGAAUAGUAACUGGAAAGCGUUGUAAAAGAAUGUCUUGCAAGUGUGUGUUUUCUUUAAAAGUAACACUAUCAUCUUACAUUUGGAGUGGUAAGGCAGAAGGAGUUUAUGGCUCAUUCCACAAAGAUCAAAUAUCUUUGCUUCUCUGUGUUUGUAUUCACAACACAUGCCCUCCGAACCACUUGUGCACAGGAUUAGCCAAGGUUGUCUCUUUUUAGCUGCGUUUAAAAAAAAAAAUUAGAUUUUCAAAUACUUCGGCCAUAUGAGGUCAGCUUAUGUUUUAGUUCCACGUUAAAUUGUUUCAAGGUCGCUAAGAAUAGAAUUAGUUUAAUAAUUCCAACCACAUUCAAACCCAUGACAAUCUUGUUGCUGGUGAACCUGUGAACUUCUGCUUGUCCAUUUUUAAAUGCACGCGUUCUAUUUAUUGUCUUCCUUUGUGUGUAUUUUUAAGUGAGCCAUCACAAGAGGACCCUGAUGAUGAGCUGGGCAUCAUUCACUCAGAUGAUGAAGAAAUAAUAAACAGCUCUGAUGAAGAUGACUUCAGCUCUGAUUCAAGCAAAACAGACCUUGACCAUGCGGAGUACAAGCCUGUGAGUAUAAUUAUUAAUGGUUAAUGAUCACAUGGCUCAAGAGUUUUUAGCCAUUUAAAGGACCACUAUAGGUACCCAGACCACUUCAGCUCAAUGAGUGCCAGGUCCAUCUAGGGUUAACCCUGCAGCUCUGAAACUAUGUUUACAUUAUGGUUAAUCCAGCUUCCGCGCUUCUCACUGUGAUUUUUAACAGUGAGAAGACUCCAGCGUCCAUAGGAAAGCAUUAAGAAAUGCUUUCCUAUGGACUGAUUGAAUGCGCGCGGCUCUUGCCGCACAUGCGCAUUCGGCGGAUGACGUCAGAAGACGAGGAGAGUCUCCAGUGCCGAGGGAGCCCGGUGCUGGAGAAAGGUAAGAAUUUAACCCCUCUCCCCCUCCCCCUUCAUCCCGGCGUGAGGGGGGCCCUGAGAAUGGGGGGGACCCAAAGACCCUGUAGAGCUAGGAAAACAAGUUUGUUUUCCUGGUACUAUAGUGGUCCUUUAAGUAUGAAAAAAGUAUUGUGUGUUUAGGGGGUAACAAACAAAUAAAACUGGAUACAGGUAUUUAAAAAAAAAAAAAAAAAAAGACAUCAUAGAGCAGGGGUAGGCAAUCUUGAGCACCCCUGAUGUUUUGCCAGCAUUCUGCCUUAUGAGCAUUAUGGAAGAUGUAGACAAAGUUUGCUUACCCCUGUUAGAUGUUAUAUUUUACAAACUGUUUAGAAGAGGGAUGGCUGAAAGUUAAAGGCAAAAGCUUGGUAUCUUCUUCCUGCUUCCCUUGUUUAGACGCCUAUACUUGUGGCUUUAGGUCAGGGGUAGGGGAACCUUCGGCACUCCAGAUGUUGGGGACCACAUCUCCCUUGAUGCUUUGCAAGCAUUAUGGCUGUAAGAGCAUUAUGGGAGAUGUAGUCCACAACAACUGGAGUGCCGAAGCUUGCCUUCCCCUGUUUUAGGUCAUGGAGAAGAUGGAAUGGGGAGAGGAAUGUAGAAUAAAUCAAGGAUUGAACAUCUCAAUAAAAUAACCAAUUACAUUUAGUGCACCUCCUCAUCUGCAAAGUGGCAGAGACAUUGGUAAAGUUAGAUUUGGGGUCUAGGAUGGUUAGUCAUUAGGAGAAAAUGUAAAACCAGCAUGGUAAUGUUGUAUUCUGAAUACAAGAUAUAAAUAAUGAAAGUGCAAAGUUUUUAUUCAAAAUAGCCGAAAUUUCCAUCAGUUCUGCUUUUACAUUGAAAGGGUUACAGCGGACAUCAUGACCACUUUAGUGAUUUGAUUCAAAGCUGAACGCUGCAACAUAUGGAGUUUUAACUCCUCUGCUGCCAGAGGUGUAACUCCACCUCUGGAAGCAUCAUUGGGGCGUCUUUAGCCAGCCUGGAACAUGGGUUACAGGCUGGCCAAAGCUAAUUCUGUGCUGAUGCACAGGUGCUCAUUCAUUGGCUGGGAGCAAUCAGCUGGCGCUCUCAGCCAGUCAGUGAGCAGCAAAAUUGGCUUCUGCUUCUCUGCAGAAUCAGUAUGUCAUAAAUCUGCGUUUAAAGAGUAGCAGCCCAGUGAACCCCAGGUAAGAAGGCAAAUCAUUACAAAAUGUUUUGCCCUGUUGACAGGGAAUGAGGCCAGGGUACUCCUACCUCCAUAACCACCACAUCAUGAUGCGUUACAGUUUCGGAACUAAUGUAGAGAGGGACCUGCAGCAAGAAAUCUUCUUUGGGCCCCCCUCUACUGCAAAGGUGGUCAAAAGAUUAAUCCUCAUCUGUCGUAAAACACCCACGAUGCUAUGCCAGCUGGGGAUAAUCCGCAUUUCAGGUGAUUUUACUUGGAUUUAUCAGGACCCUGACCAGCCCUGCUGUGGGAAAAAUGUGCCUUUUUAUGGAAACAUUCCCCUACAUUUAAUAUUCCCGGAGUCUGCCGUUGUAGGUUUAGUGGUCGACCAGUUUUUAUGUAUAAGGUAGGGAAGGCGAAAAGAGAGACAUAAGCAACCUGCUUGACUUUAAUACAUCAUGAACGGGACGCUGUGAAUUUACCAUAAAAAUAUGCACAUAACUAGUUUGCAAGAAACCCAAACUACAUUCACUUAUCAUCUUCACCGACAUACUCUGGUUGGUUUUCAACUGGUUUUCAGAUGAAAAUCACAUGUGACAUUAAGUUAUGGUAUUUGUUAAAUUCAAUAGAACUAAGAAAAAAAGUCUUCUUUCCAGGCAGAUCACUGUAGUAUUCUAUGAAGUUUAACAAUGACCUACUUUUGUAAACAUGCAGAAAGAGAGAAUAUUCUUUUUUGGGGAUGUGUACAGUAAACUCAAGCUGCCAAAGGGAGGAGAGAAAUUUCUAUCCAAGAAAAUAUCUUUUGACAUUAGAGACCCAGGGUGUGUGCUCAGUGACGUGGACUGCGUGUAUCGUAACCUUAGCAGUGAUGCACAGUUGUUAUGGUGCCUAAAGUGAACCUGAAAAUCUACAGUUACUCAAAAAUGGUUGUUUUGGUGGUGGUGUUUUUUUUAAACUUCUUCAUUUUACAAUCAGUGGAUCAUAAUGCAGAAUUACAAAUUUAUUCUUAAUGUGUAUAUUGUUUAAAUAUGUGGUUUUUAACCUUUUUGAAACAGACCCUAUUAUCUGGCUGACCUGGUGUGUCCGUCAGUCAGCUGGAAUACGUUCUUCCUGACUUGCAAUAUCCAUUUUGUACAACUUUUUUGCACAGCAUGUUAGCACAGGAUAGGCUGCAUUAUGCCCGUGCAAACAGUAGACAAUAGAUCAUUUUAUGCAGCCAUGGUGGAGUUGCAUAAAUCUAUAAAUCCCGUUCUCUGGCUACUAUGUAUCUCCUUGGAUGAACUGCAGACCAGAGAGGCCUCCUUAAAGUUGUCGUGGAGUGCCCCUGCGGCCAGACACCCUGGAGAGAUUUCUGUCCAUGUGGAACACAGGCUGUAAUUAUAUGUUGCCCCUGUGGCUGGGUGAGUUACAAGCAGACUUUAAAAGAUUUGCUGUCUGCCUGUCAGACAAUUACAUUUUUUAGUCCCCUGAUAUAGAAAAACGCAUUCACUGGUUCUGGUUUUUAACUAUGCCCUUCCUAGAUGGAAACAGAAGCCACUUUGUUAGGAAUGUUUGCCCCAUCUAUAUGAGUGCAAGAUGUUGCCUGACCCUGCUCGAUUAAAACUCUUAUCAUGCUCAGUGAGAUACUGGUUAAGGCUGCUAGGAGUUAAGAUACAGCUGAUUUAAUAACACGGUGAGACAUCCAUUUAUUAAUGGAACACUAAAACCUUAGGAUUCAAACCUGUAUUCCCAACGCUUUAGUGGCCCACCGCCCUGUUUGAAAUAAAAGCUUUACUUAUAUUUUUCCACCACCAAGGCUUCCUCGGAGCUGCGCCAGCAUGGAGGAGGCUAUGCAAACCUAGAGGAGCAUUGUGGAUCUGAUGCACGUGUGCCAAGCAUCACAUGUGCCUCUAAGGUUCUCCUGUAGGAAUGCAUUGAAUGAAUGCUUUCCUAUAGUGGCUUCCAUGUCACAUGAGUUUUACUCGAUCAGUGCAGCAGAAGCGCCUCAUAGAGGCUGUCAUACUGUUAGCCAUAAGGUGAGGACUUAAUCCUGCAAUGUAAAUGUUGUAGAUUCUAAAAAACUGCAAUGUUUUACGUUGAAGAUUUAAAUAGCCAGGACCACUUUGGCCAGACCACUUCAUUGAGAAGGAGGGGCAUGGAUGACUUUCGUGGUUAUUUAAACCGCUAUUGGGAACUGCUAAUGGAAACAUAAUAGCCAUAACUCAAAAGGGACUUGUAUGCAAGUAAAAAUAAAUAAAUGUAUUCAAGCCACAUACUGCAACGUUUUAGUCGUACCCUGUGGAUGUUUAUCAAGCUUGAUUUUACACAUUGUUGCUAUAGUAUAUUCUGUCUCUAAUAAAGUAACAUGGUAUCAGUCUGCGGUGGUACAGUGUAGUGGGAAAUAUAUAUAAAUUCCAGUGAGGAAGGGAAUUUCUACUUAACAUUGCUCUUUAGAGUUUGAUUGUUAGCCCAAAACCAAGAUCAUCAGUGUUCUAUAGCUAACGUUUAACCUGAUCAAUCUUUUAUUCAGAAAAAAAAAACUGGACGAAAGCCAAAGGUUUAUCACAUUGCCAAGGAGAUCAUGAGCUCCGAGAAGGUGUAAGUAUUGCACCCCAAACUAUUUUAAAAAUAAAUACUAUUUUUUUUUUUUUAAUGUAUGGUUAAUUGCAGUUGUCCUAUUUUUAUAGGUUUGUUGAUGUCCUGAAGCUGCUGCACAUUGUAAGUAUCCAAUUCAUGUACAUUGAAUAUAAUUACUAUCGAAAAAACCCAUAUACCAUAUUUAUAAUAAGGGUGACUAAGCAUUGUGGGAAAUGUUUCACCUGGGUCCCCAAGUUAAGUUAUUAUUGCUUUAUAAAAGGGUAUGUUCGCAUAUAAAUCAGGUGGUUACAAAUUUCCUGACCCUUCCAUUGGAACCUUUUGAAAUAUGCUGUGGCUUUAUAAAAAAAAAUGUCAAUAACUAAAGCAUUUAAAAAAAACAGUCAGUGUUCUAUCCCUAGGAAUGCUGGAAAAGUGCAUUGGGCGUUCUAGACAGAUUUAUAUGUGCCCAGUUGCUACAUCCUGAUGGGGAGAAGAAAAGGUGUCUUAUCAUUGUGGUUAUGCAGAGCAGGCUCUGCAGUUUUCUAACUCCUGCUGGUGAUGCCUUGUUUCUGUUAUUAGUGGAUUGGUCUGAAAAUGAGAUGGAUGGAUAAGAGUAGGGGCAGGAUAAAGAUAGUCCUAGUUGAGAGGCGUGCCCAACAAUGCAAUCUGACCAAGUUUAUAUAGUACGUUUUUAAAGUUUAUUACUUACUUUUUAAAGUUUUUCUUGCUUUAUUUUAGUUUGCAUAUUUGUUUAAAAGUGUAUGCUUAUAAUUAUAAUUUCCAAGUGAUGCAUGUCCAUUUAAUACAGAAGUGAAAUGCCUGCAUUAGCUGGAAAGUGGAAAAGAGCCAGGCUCUGGGUGUCAUGAGCGUCCUGGAUGUUACCAAAUCCUUUGACAUAAACCAGGGGGAGUCUACCCAAGUAGUCUGCCAUCAUAGACACUAUGUUAAGCUUUAAAGCAGUAGUAGCUAUGGUGGCUUUUAAAAAAAAUAUUUAGUUAUUUAUCUAUUUGGCACAAUCCAAAGGAAAUAUGUAACAUUAUAUAUAGGCAAUGAAGUGAAUUGUAUACAAAAUUGUGCAAGCAAAUAACAAACCUCAACGUGAAUUAUGCAUAACAAACCGUGAAUUAUGUUAUUUUUGUGUGUUAUUUAUACAUAAUCUUAGUAGAACAAGUUACUUCUAGAGCUGCUCUACAGUAUCACCAUACCAUGGACUGCUUGCUCUGAGAGUAGAACGCAAUAAUAACCACAAAGUAGCUGAGAAUGUGUGGAGAAGCCUUGAUAUUUUAAGCUUAGCUAGAGCAAUCCACAAUAGGUCAGACUCUCAUUGCUAUUGUGAGGCGAGGGGGAGGUAUUUGGUCUGUAGACCAAUUCAGCGGAGGAAGUGGAUUGUAAUUAAACAGUGCAUUAAAUAAAAGGAGAAUGUUGAAACAAUAAACAAAUAGACAAUCUAUUGAAGGCACAAUAAGCAUGGAGUCGGGUAGUAACUGUUGCAAACAAGUCCUGUGUAGAAUUGGUCACAGUCGUCGUUUUCCAUGCGUGGGGUACCGGAUAUACAUAUAUAUCUCUAUAUCAAGGAGGUACUUCUCCAUCAGCUCUAAAGAAAUCCCUAAAUCUCUCCAUUUCGUUGGCUGUGUAAGGAGGUCUUGCUACAAAAUGGCAGACAGUCCUAGUCAACCUUGCAAUAACAUGUGAACACACACCUGUUAGUGAGAUUACCAUUAAUGCUCACUCACCCCACUACAGCUACUAAGUGCGGAGCAAAUAUGUGACUUCAGAGAGAAUAGCGUGUGAGCGAUUACUGCUGCAAAACAUAGGAAGCCAUAAAUCCCUUACAGCAGCUGCUGCUUACAAUACCACAGGCUCUGCUUACCUAAGGCUCACGCUAAUUCCUUCCGAAACCGAACACUUUCUUAAUUAAGAACUAAAAUCAAACUAUUUUCAACUAUCUCUUUAUAUUUUGGCAAACGCUUGGAACCAUUCUAGAUACUUCAAGAAAUACUAGAUACUUAAAGAAAUAAAAAGCGUGGAAAAAACACCCAUAUUUUUUUCAUUUUAAUAAUACAAAACAGCAUUUUUGGGGUAGUUUAGAUCAAAGCAUAUUCUACUAUGUUACUUACCGUUUGUGUAGGCUGAUACCAUACAGGAUACAAUGCAAAUAUUGAUCUAACUGGUUUAUAAUUAAACUCAUUUUGUAAAUAGUUCUGUGUUGGAAUUUGUUUUUGUUUUUAUCUACUUAUAUUUGUAGUUUAUUGUAGUUUUUACUACAUUUUGAAUGGCCUUGUUGUCUUGGCUGUGUAUGUUCAUACUUCAGUUUCAGCUAUUAUUUCUCGAUUUGAACCAGUUUGCUUUAAACCAGAUGAUUUCAGCGAGGCUUAUCGCGCUGUCUGAUUACAAGUAAUGUAUUCUUGCAGGAAACGAGUAUUAAUGAGACGCUAGCCACGUACUUUUCCUGUUUUUCAGGAAACCCUGAAGAUUUUUUUUUUCCUUUCUCCAUACAACCACCAGCUGAGCAAAACUAUUUUUAAAUCCACAAUUUACCAUCGCAAGUAAAGAAAACAUAGUUUGGGUUUGUAGGAUUUUUAUGGAGAUUGAUUCCGAACACAGACUCUAUUUUAAAGAAAAUAUACAAAGUAUGUUCCUCAGUCCCCUGUUAUGUAAAAUAUAUGUUUAUGGGGAGGUUUAACUUGAUGUAGACUAGUGGCAAUCAACAUGUUUUUCUCAUUUUCAUUUCAACUUUAACGAGCCCAGAGUGCAAGCUGAACAUUGUAAGAGUGGUAGUCCAAAGAAUGUUGGGAGAACGGGGCAAAACCUCCCCCAAAAAUGAGCCCAUUACUUGUAAGAAUACAUUACUUGUAAUUUGCUCUUUUUUCAGGUGUCCGAGCCUGGGAUAUCCAAUACUCUACUAGUGAAUAGAAGAUUUCAAUAACUAGAAAUGUACAUCCCAGAUCUUGCAGUUUACUUCUGUACAACCAAAGGCAAAGACUUUCACAAAAUCCCAUUGUCGCUCAAAUUUUUUUUGAAGAAAACCAUUUACUAUUCUAUUAGGUGGAUAGGACUACAUGGCUGAUAUCUUCAUUUGAACCAGAUUUGAUAUUGGUCCAUCUUCGAUCCUAGCAAAGUGCAUUAUGGACUAAUUUAUGCUAAACUAGCUACCGCAAUUAAAGGCACAGUCAUUACGAACAAAGGUCAGCGUCAGUACGAGUGCAGAAAGCCUUCAAACAACUAGUUUUUUCACGUUUUGUAGCUGUCCAUAUAGGGGCAUCAUCCUAUAGUUGGGUGGUGAUGCAGUUGUUUAGGCAGUGUGUCAAACUUACCAUAUUUUCAGACUGUUUCAUACAUUUAGCACACUUUGGAACAGAAGUCAAUAAGGACGUUAAUUAAGGAUUCAUGAUCUGCAACACCCACUUGCAUGUCGUAUUCAAUACUUUCUAAAGCACAUCUUCUGUGAUCACUGAAUAUUGAUUUAAAAAGCACAAACAUUCUGUUCACUUUUAUUCACCAAACUUCGAAAAGGGUUUUGUCUUCACUAGUGACAAUCGAUUUUAUUCUGCUUAAAUACCUUGCAACCUUAUAAAUGUUUUACUGCAAUAAGUAGUGAUUUUAGCCUUUAUUUAUUUAUUUUUACCUCUUCUUGUACACCUGUAAAUGCAUACAUAGUCACAUAGCUAUAUACCUGUCCUGAAAAUAAUCCUAUACUGCUCAGUACUGGAUCAGUUGUAUGUUCCUGUUUUUGCCCGCUGCAUUAUAAAGUAAUGCUUGCUUACAAUUUGGAGAUGCUGUUUAUAAAAACGUUGUCUGUUUAUGGUUACUAUCAGGAUGCUUGCAGUUCCCCAUGCAGCGUGUUUGCGAAAUUACUAAUUUCUAAAGACUUUUAGUGGAGUAUUCUGAAAAUAUGCAUAUUGAGGUGUAGUCAUCCUAAUUAGAAAAUGCAUUUGCCUCUAAGGUCAGAGGGAUGAUACACAACGUAUUAUGUUAAAUUUCUAAAAUAUUUUUUAUUUCGGUGCUUAUCAAGAGAUUUACAUGUAGCAAGAUGUAUGGAACAUACACGUGUUGGCAAUUGAUAUAUGAGGAUCUUGUAGCCACUUGACCCAAAGAUUGUUUUAUAGGCAGGUACCGUACAUUAAUUAUUCAGAAUGCAAGUCAUAGAUGUCCUGAUUGCUCAAAUGCUUUAAAUUAUAAUAUAGUUAUAGGUCUAGCACUGUACCCAAUUUCUUAUUAGCUGCUGGGAUCACUAAAGCAGAGAAAACUUACCCUUAAAAAAAACAACUGUUUAGUAUAUAUAUCCCAAAUGAAACCAUGCAUUUAAUUAUGCAUUUUUUAAAAUUUGUGAUAUAUUUAAAAACAACUUGCAAAAAGUUGCAGAUCUGUUGUCUGCAGCCUUUGCUGCCCUCCCCUUUUAACUCUGCCCAAAGAGCACCUGCAAAGUACCUAAGUGGAAACCCAUUUAUUAAAUGAUUUAUAAUAAUCAUUUGUUAUUAUGUUUUUGCUUCCUUCAAUGCUUUCAGUGACCGUGUUUCUCUUAUGAGAACUAAUUUUAUGCUUUUUUCUCAUUUGUGGUACAGGAUUUCCGUAACUCUGUGGCUCAGACAGCUAGAAAUCUCGGGAAGCAAGUGAUUGAGGACAAGAUCCUGAAUCAGAUUCUUUACUAUCUCCCUCAGUUGUACGAGCUCAACAGAGAUGUACUACGAGAGCUUGAGGAAAGGAUGUCUCAAUGGUAUUUUACCUCUUUUCAUAGCAUUAGGCAUUUCAGCUCUGUAAAACGUAUAUUACAUACAUUCAAUUAACAUGUUUCAAGCAUAUUAAAUAUUAAGCUUGCUGGCUAAUGGAUUUAAUGUGUUCUUGCCUAUGUAUAAUAGGACCUUAAAGUCAGGUGUUGCUCCUGGGACUACUUUGCAAUUUCCGUUCCUCAUCUGGGUCUGUAGAUCAUCUUCUGAAAUUAAAGGCCAAAGACAGACACUAGAUGGUCAGGGAAACAUUUACAACUUUGCUUUCUGAUACAAAGUGUUAACCCUUAAGGACCACUGAUGAGACUGCUAAACACUUUUUACAAAAGAGAAAUCUUAUCUCACCACACAGCUAUUGCCCUAAUUGUGGACAACACGAAUAGGCCUAUGUGCUGCCUUUGGAGCUCCUCGAAUGUAUUGUCUUAUGAUUAACAGUGCAAUAAAAUUCUGGACCUUGAACUUCUAUAAUUACAUCCCUAUGGGGACUCCUGAUCUAGAAGGGCCAGUGUCCGAAUAGGGAAAAAAGACCUACAAGUAAACUAUCAUACCUUACGGAUAUCGACUGCACCCCAUAUCAAUAUUUUCUAUUUUAUGAAGUUUUUUGGCAAUACACUAUGACUGGCCUGAUGCUACUUUGCACAAAUAUAAUCAAAUGACUCCAUCCAAAAAUGGCCUUCUUUAUCCCCAAUCUCCCAUACUCCACCUUAAAGCACUUUUUUCCAGCUUACUGCAUGGUAUCUAAAAGCCAUAAUGGAUCAUGGACCACCCUCCACAUUACAGGAAAAUCUAUGAGGUAUAUAGUAAACUCUAUCCCAACGUACAUUUUACCUAUCACUCCUUUAUGUGUAUUGGGGGUUAUGGACGGGCGGAUUCAUAUUUUCUAGCAAUGGCAUUCUUCAAUGUAAAUCUUUCUUGCACCUAGGAGCGAACAUCAGAAAAUUGCUGAUAUCUUCGUAAAGAAAGGUCCUUACCUUAAAAUGUAUUCAACUUACAUCCGAGAAUUUGAUCGGAACGUUACGUUGCUUGAUGAACAAUGCAAAAAGAAUCCUGGGUUUGCUGCCAUCGUCAAAGAUUUUGAAGUAAUGCUUUUUAAAUAUUUAUUCAACAUAAUCUUUGCUUGUGUGAAAGGCUAAUCACUCUACAGUAAAAUGUGAACCAGACAGCAAGAACUACUGAUUGCAAGCUUUCAGGCAGUCUUUGUAUUUAUUUUUAUAUACCCCUGCAAGAUACUGUAUUGAUCUCUUGUAUAUACUUUGAUUGCUAGUUCUCAUAGUGUAACAGUCAGAGUACGAAUUAGCUAAUGGAAAAACAAUUUUAGAAAUUGUAUACAUUUUAAUAUUUUUUUUUUUUUCUUUUAGAUGAGUCCUCGCGCUGCUAACUUGGCUAUUAAACAUUAUUUACUGAAGCCCGUCCAAAGGAUUCCUCAGUACAAAUUGCUUUUAACAGGUAGAUCAAACAUUAAUUUACAUAACUUAGUAUGGGUAUUUUGUAAUACCGUCACUAAAUGAGUUUGUAAUUUCUUCUUCGUAUUGAAGACUGAUGUGAAAAUCCAGUUUAGUGUCCUAAAUACUGUGUGGGGAAACAAAAUCAAACGUGUAAUUAUUUGUUAGAUUUUGUACUGUACUUGACAACAGUCCAGAUAUUGGAAUGCUGUAAUCGGAUCCCAGGAUUUUUCUAUAGUUUAUCAUUUUCGGGGACUCCAGACCAAAGUGCAUUAGAAUUUUUAUUCUUGACAUUUAUAUUGAACACCAACUGGGUUACAGUUAUACAGUAGGAACGUAGAUAUAAAGUGUUACUCCAACCCGUGGGGACUCUUGCUUUGUAAUUUGCCUUAUUGGGCACUAUAGAGAAGGUCCACUUCUUCCCCCCAGAUUUGCAGUAUAACCUGCAAAACAAAUAGCUUAGUCCACCACCAGACAAAGCUAUUGCUCCUGACUUUCACAUCCCCUCCGACAUCACAGGCCCUUUCACAGUCUAAGCUUUACAUAGAAUAGCCUGUGAUUGGUCCGUUCUGGUGACUCAGUGUAGGCCGGGGAGGGAGGAAGAAGAGGAACAGGAAUCUAUCUUUCCCUAGAAGGCGCUCUGCCUGCAAAGAAGGGUUUUAUGUUUGUUGGCAUCAUGCAGUGCACGCUGACAACAGAAGUUUCUUUUUAUGCACAGAAUUGACUUUGGCAGCAUCCGUCACAUGUGCUGAGAGUGCAACUAGCCCCUGGCACACAAUUAACAAUAUUUCAGUAUGUGCAGUGUUUCAAGUUGAAACACUGCAUAUACUGACUCCGAUCACCAUGACCACUUCAAAUCCCUGCUUGUAAAUGCAGUGGACAACCCAAUAGUGUUUUAACUCAUACGUGAGUACUCAUGCCUGCUGAAAAAAAAAAAAAAAAAAAAAGAGGACCAGGCACCCAAAGCUCUCCUCUUCCUCUGGAGAUAUCAAAGGAGUAAUUAAACUUCUUCAUUAUCCACCCAAAGUUGGUAAAGAAUGAGUGCUAGCUCGGGUCCUACAAUAAAGGCAGUGAGCACUGCUCUACAGGAGAAUUCAGCCAUUGAAUCAUUGUUAAUCCUUCCAUCACUGCCCAGGUGACACAGUGAGUCAGUGCCGAUGUAUCAAUGAUGGAUGGGAGGACAGUGAUUUGCCUGCACUGAAUGAAUUAACCCUUGGCUAUUCAGUAUGAUCAAAUCCAUCUAUAGGACAAAUUAUGGAGAAGUAAAUAUUCUCAUUAUGACAUCUCCAACCUGAAAACUGUCUGACAAAACAAGAGGGGCUUAACUUAUUGCCACCUUACACCAUAACCACUACAAUAAGCUGGUGAUUGUAGUGGUUAUGGUGCUCAGAAAGUCCCUUUCCUAUUAUUGUAACUGUUAGAUUGUUAGAUUGUUCGUUUCCUUUGCGGAUUGCUAGUAUGUAGAGUUCUUUCUUCUUUUCAUUCUGGUAAAAACAAAAAAUAGGUCUAGAUCUAAUAGUAUGUGUUUCUCUCUGCAGACAGAAGCCCAUUGUUUAGGGCUCAUCAAAGACAUGUUGCUGAUGAGACAAUGUGUUUAGUAACACAGAUAGUUUGAUGUGUUUCUUUUUAUUUUUACUUUUUAAGUAUGAGAUUUUGUACUCUAAAAUUUAGGUCUCUAUCAGACAAUUUUAUCGAUCCAAAAACAAUUCAGAAAUCUAUACAGUCACAUAGGAUAAUAAAUAAUGAUCUACUGUCCAUUUCAUUUUGGCUCACAAUGCUAAAUACUAGAUGUGAUACUCUUAAAUUGUAGUCACACAUCUUACUGAACAUCACUGCAAGGAUAUAAUGUGAGUGAAGCUGUUUCCUAUUUAUUAAAAGGAAACCAAAAAACAAAACCAUUCACGCAGCUUAUUUCCUUUGGUCAUACCUAAAAUUCAUAAAGAGUACAUGGCAUGUUGUCAUUCACCUGCAUGCGUAUCUCUAUUUUCUUUUCCUGAAGCAUACUUGCACACCAUUGGUGUAUUGCUUGUGUUUUUUUUCCCAUCAUUUGAAAUGUGAAUUAAGGAGAAUGCUGACGAGUGUAAUCCUUCACACUCACAGUUCUCCCAUUAGUUUUAACUGGACUCUAGUGAUUGGUUGAGAGAGAUAUGCUUGUUCUUUGUUGAAAGAGAUGUUACUGGAGGAAGCUGGGAAGCUCAGUGGUUUGCUGCAAAAGAAAUAAACUUUAGUAUAUAACAUAUUAUGUAUAUAAAACCUGAUAAACCAAUUGUGAGCUAAACCUUGUAUAUAGAGUAUUUACUACAGUACAAGGCUGUCCUUGGAUUGUUUGGUGCAAAUAGUCAGAUCGCACUUUUGACGUAAUACAUUUUAUUGAUGGUUCUUUAUGUAUGUGCCAUGUGUAGUUUUAUAUAUUUCUUAUAGGGGGGCGGAGCUUAGCGGCAAAAUGGAUCAGACGCCAUUUCCGGCAGCUCCUAGAAAAACUAGCAGAAUCCGCUCAAAAUCUAGCAAACUACAUGCCAUCCAGGCACACAACUACCUGCAUUGAUCAGGGGAGAUCAUACUGCAUCGCGGAACGCCCUUUCGGUACACUCCGAGGCAGGGAAAGCCAAAAAAUUUAAAUCCGGGCCUACUACACGCCGAACUACCGCGGCCUGGAGUACUUGUGGGGCGGAGAGGGCCUGGAGGACGCAAGAGACGAACCACAACAGGAUCCCGACCACGGCCACAAGGAGAUUGGGCGAAGAUCUCAAAGACCCCAACAAGGUACUGCCACAGCACAGCCUGAUAUAGGGGCACUAUUGCAAAAACACACCCCAGCCAAAAUGGCGGCCGGACAGGGCCCAGACCCCCCACAUGUGGACACCCAUACAGAUCAAACCUCCCAAGGGGCAAUACAGGGUACCACACAGUCCAUACUCACCAAGUCCACAUUCCAGCAAGGAACUACAGACCCAGCCACCAAGCAGGACCUGCAGCAAAUGCAGACCAUGCUGCAGGACAUACAACGCCUGCUGGCAGCAGACCUACCCGCGCUCAAAACGAGCAUGCAACAGAAAAUGACCACCACUGAGGGAGAAGUAAAAAAAAUGCAGGGAGAAAUUUCCACGCUGCAAGACUCACUCCAUCAACUACAACACAACCACCAACACCUGGCAAUACAAUUAGCAGCACAGGAGGAUAAAAACCGGCGCAAGCGCAUCAAAAUCAGAGGCAUACCAGCCUCAGUGAGCAAAGAGGACCUGCCGCACUAUGUGAGACGACUUAUACAAUCAUUACUACCUUCUGCAGUGACAAAGAAGCUCACCUUUGCAGGGAUUUACCGCCUACCCACUCCACCCAGAGUUGCUGCAACGUUAGUUGGAGAUGUCAUCAUCCGCUGCGUCCUACCCCAAGACAAAGGGGCAUAUCAUGAGCACGAUCAAGGGCAAGACCCCGCUUAAUUUCGAAGAGUCCCAACUGACUUUAUAUCAGGACUUAACUAAAACUACCCUCCAGUGGAGAAAAUCUCUUAGUGAACUCACCAACCAAUUGUGCACAGCGGAAUACCAUAUAGAUGGGGAAGCCCAUGCUCCUUGUUAGUCACCCACCAGGGGACUACACACAAACUCACCUCAGGAAUGCUCCCGCACUCCUCACAAACCUGGGCCUACAGAACUUGCCCCGGCAGGACAUAAUACAUGUCUGGAACCCAGCAACCUUGGAAACAUUCACACCGAGAGGGCAGAGAAUGGACACACAAGCCACCUGACGCAUAAGGGGGCAGAGGUGUCUUACCCCUGUCUGCUCAACGGCGAUACAAAAUUAUCACGUUUACUAAUACUUGUUUUUUCCUCACCUUACAUGCAUUAUAGUUACAAUGCUUACGUUAUUACACCAGUUUAAUAUAUAAUAGAGGAGCCUGCCAGUGAAGACGCUGGCACACCACCGCGUCAAAAGAAUGCAAACCGCGGCUCAAGACGGAACUCACCCUAUCCCCCGACAGCCCCUAGGUUAGGGCCAUCACCCCUCAUGAGUAGUCUCCAACGAAGCAAGACCACUACACUGCUACGGAGCGUAGAGACAUGCACAAGCACUACUCACGCGACUCACAGACCGACACCGCAACACCUAUUAAACCCUUACGGGCCCUAGUAACACACUAUACCCAUACACAACCAGUCGACAGCCCCUACUCAGGGUCACGCCUCCAACACAGAACCAUGACCUAGGUAAUGAAUCCACAAAAAUUAGUUGGACUACACUUUUACGAGAUCUCACUCUCCACCUGGAAUUAUAUGCUUGUUAUAACUAACAAAAAAUUGUGCCAAAACUUGGUGAAUGCAUUAUUUAAUCAAUGAUGAAACUUGUUACCCUCUCAUAUGAUGCAUACGAUAUACCCUAUGUAAGUCUCAAGCACGCAAAAAUAAAGAAUUAAAAAUAAAAGAGAUAUUUCUUUAAAAAAAAUGAAUAAAAAAAAAAAAAAAGGAUCCCUUCCGCUAUACAUUUCAAAGUACAACCACACCAAAGUAGGCUUUUUUCCAUGUAGGUAUAAAGUAUCACUUAUUUGCAUUUUUUUAGUCACUUAUAUGGCAUCCUUGAGUAAUGCUAUUGCUUGUAAAACAAGAUCUUUGUUUAUUUAGCCUUUUUUUUAAAUAAAUAUUCACGCAGUACUGCACAUCAAAGAACACAUAUUCUUGGGACCCAGCUGUGUAAUAAAAUAUUUCUCUCCCCUCCUUGCUCGGUAUCUAAAUACUUUAAUAACCUCGCGCCAUAUGAAAGCAAUCCACUUUAGUAAAACCAUGCAUUUUGUAUUAACAAGACGUGCUGUUUGCUUUUCCACCUGUUGAUCAGAUUUUUGUGUUUGUUAUUGAAACAGUUUGGGCAAGCAGAACAGAAAACAUGCAAUAGCAGCAAUUAUAAUUAUUGAGUUUUCAUUAAAGGAAAUAAUCCAGUUCGGUAAAAGAAUUUAAACUCGAGAUAUUUGAACAUGACGGGAAGAUCCGGGGGGGGGGACGGGGCCAGGUUCUCGCCGGUCUGGACCUCUGGCCAGGCACUGUCAGGUAGGAUAGCAGGGCAGCAGCCGUCUGCCCCGCUCACUGUCGAAGAAGGCCUCAUCUGGAGUGACAAUUUCUCCCCCAGGGGACUGCAACUCAGGGAGUCAGCCUCUCCCUGGGUCCAGUGGUCCCAGCACACUGAGGACCGGUGCUGUUGGUCUGCCAUCUCUGACUUUAUCAUGCUUUAGGGGCUUAUAGAUUGGAAAAUUGCAGGAGCUGAAGUUGCUUGCGACCAUCCAGCUCGGCAGUCCGGCCCCGACCCCCUCAAAAUACUUUUAAUUAGUCCCUGGCCUUAUCUUAAAUCUCUCACUGUACUAACCUCUACCACCUCAGCUGGAAGGCUAUUCCAUGCAUUCACUACCCUCUCGGUAACGUAAUAUUUCCUGAUAUCUUUUUCAAACCUGUGCCCCUCUAAUUUAAGACUGUCCUCUUACUUUUUAUUUUUUUUUAAAUAUACUCUCUUCCUUUACUGUGUUGAUUCCCUUUAUGUAAUUCCGUGUCUCUAACUCUUAAGUAAAUUAGAAAUUAGUAGAAUUAGAAAAAAAAUUUAGUCAAUCUUAUUUUCAGUUCAGAGGUUUUGGUCCCCAACAGUAAACGCUUAUUAAUCCUGUGAAUCUGGAAAAUCACUCAGUCUGCUUCAGUUACAUGACUGGGACAUAAUCUUUAAAGUCAUUUGCCAGUAUUUUUUCACACACUCCUUAUAUUUACAAAUAUCUGCUUCUCAGCCAUACCAAGUUUAUGUAGGUUAGCAAUGUGACAAGUCUUUGAACUGUCUGAUUGAGGUUUAUGGGUGUAGUGUGGUGGGGUUAUCCAAUAACCCUUACAGUUCUUUUUGUAACAUUGACAAGUAAUCUUAUGUCACAACUGUAAAAUGUAAAACGAAACACCCCCUGGAGAGAACUGUACAUCUUAUGACUGCUUGAAGCACCCGAUGAGUGAAAGAAUCGUUAGAACACUAAAAGCAGUUUUGUUUAAUUGAAGUGGCCAAUGUUUUGCUUUGAUCUUUGGUUUUGUUUAUUUUAUUUUGGACUUUACUAGUAAAACGACAUUUUCAGUUUUCAUUUCCCCAAGCGGUGAUCUAUGAGGCUUCUUUUGAACUAAAAAGUUUCAAAUACAGUUUCACCCUGUGGCUUCAUAAACAGUUCAUCUGCUCAGCCAGCAUAUAAAGUGUAGGGAAAUGGAUUUAAAUUUUUUUUUUUUUUUUUACUUUGUGGCAAAUGAGAUCAUGCAAACUGUCUGAAACAAAAUUGGACUUCUUUGCUAGUGCUGCCAUCUAGUGGGAAAUUAGUUUAAUUCUAUUAUUAUAGUUUGUAAUUGUGUAGGCAAGAGGUGCAAGGGUGUUUGAUCCCCAGGCCAGUAGCAUACAGAGAUUGCAGGCUGCAAUCUCAUAGCAUUUCUCUAUUGAAUACAGGACCAGUAGUUGUAAUGCAGUAGUCAGACAGUGGGCAGAAUUUGUGCAGGCCCUUUAGUAACCAAUUACUGCGUGGGUUUAUACACGGGCUGGUGGUCCACUAUCUCAGUGUUCUCCACGUCUGGAAUGGGCCAAUAGGAUAUUUUAGCAGUGAACUGCGAUACCUGGAGUUGGCCAGGCUGUCAGACUAUCAUGAGUUUAUAUAAUGUCCAUGUAGCCGUGUACAAGGAUGAGAUGAGAUGCUGCUCAUUGGUGGCGAUAGAAUUGUGGGAAACAAAGUCCGUGCUCCAUCAUGGUGUGAUGGUCAUAUUGAUGGAGGGUGCAGAGAUGUUUGAAGUCACACUUUGGAGCUCAAGCAGCUUCCAUACUGUAUAUAAAAGCCAUACCACGUAGGACUACCCAUGCAGAGAUGUUUUAUGUGCAAAAAAAGACAAUUCAGCUCGGUGUCCUGUGAAUUAAUACAAAAUGUGUGUUGUCCUCACAAUUGUAACACAUUGGAAGACAAAUUAUUUAUAUGGACGUUUUGAUUGGAAUUAGAGCAACUUUGGUUCAACCAAAGCUGGUGAAUUAAAUGCCACUUAUUCCACAUUUACCAAUUCAAACCUCCAAAUAUAGAAACAAGACUACUGCAGUGCUAAACACAGGACCUUAAUGUCUCAUGUGAACUACCCAACACGUUUCUUGUGAUGCAUACAAUCACAAGUACUCUAGUAGAAGGGUAAUGAGCUAAUAUAUAGGAUACAAAUCAGUGACUUAUACCUAGGAAAUAAUGGAAGCAUAAUAUUUGGUUUCUAGAUCUAAUACACUUAAAGGAACACUAUAUUCCUGACACAUAUAGGGCAGAGUACAGAAUAUUUGUUAGAGUCCUAACCUCAACAUCUGAGGAAAGGGAUUUCGCAGUAAUUAUAUCUGAUGACUUAAAGGUAGACAGACAAUGUAAUAGAGCAGCAGGAAAUGCUAGCAGAAUGCUUGGUUGUAUAGGGAGAGGUAUUAGCAGUAGAACACUUGUAAGACCUCACUUGGAGUUUUGUACGCAGUACUGGAGACCGUAUCUCCAGGAGGAUAUUGAUACUUUAGAGAGAGUUCAGAGAAGGGCUACUAAACCGGUUCAUGGAAUGCGGGAUAAAACUUACCAGGAAAGGUUAAAGGAUCUUAACAUGUAUAGCUUGGAGGAAAGACGAGGGGAUAUGAUAGAAACAUUUAAAUACAUAAAGGGAAUCAACACAGUAAAGGAGGAGACUUUAUUUAAAAGAAGAAAAACUACCACAACAAGAGGACAUAGUCUUAAAUUAGAGGGACAAAGGUUUAAAAAUAAUAUCCGGAAGUAUUACUUUACUGAGAGGGUAGUGGGUGCAUGGAAUAGCCUUCCAGCUGAAGUGGUAGAGUUUAACACAGUAAAGGAGUUUAAGCAUGCGUGGGAUAGGCAUAAGGCUAUCCUAACUAUAAGAUAAGACUAGGGACUAAUGAAAGUAUUUAGAAAAUUGGGCAGACUAGAUGGGCCGAAUGGUUCUUAUCUGCCGUCACAUUCUAUGUUUCUAUAUAUUCUUAAAACAUGUAUUCCUGACACCAUAGAGCUAAGAUCGCCGUUUAGGUGGCCAGCCCCACUCUCCCUGCAGUAAAAAGCUGAGUUUACUCUCUUUUUUUUUUCCAGCGACGUAUGGGUCUUCUUGUGGCUUGCUCUGCCCCCUUGGCUGGGAUCAUCAUACUUGAUGAUCUCAGCCAGACCAAUACUUUUCAGUAAGAAAGCAUUGGAAAGCUAUUGCACGGCAAUACGCUGUGCUGCACAAUCAGCAUCUCUAUGGGGAAAUUGAAGCGCCUCCACGCAGAGCAUGGAGACUCUGAUCGCCAGUGCAGCACACUGGGCAGCACUGACCCAGGAAAGCAUCUCUAGUGGCCAUCCGAGUGACUGCCACUAGCGGUGUUCCUAGGCACUAAUGUAAACACUGGAGGCUGUAGACACCAGGACAACUACAUUAAGCUUACUAUAGUGUCUUUUUAAAUAUUGCUAUUCCAAGGUGCAAAAAUAAAUACAAAAUACUGAAUCCAAAAUCAGAGUAUACAGACACAAUGUUCCAAGAUAAUAUAAUCCUGUGUAUAAAGGGAGAUACAAUGUCUCAAUAUAAAUGUCGGGAUCUGGUCUGAAUGAUACUGAUCUUGCACUGGCACUGUUUUUUAAGAGAGCUAGAGAUCGUACAGACGAAACAAGAUUAUGGAGAUCCAAAUUGCUCCAGCGUGUGUUCCACCUGCCAUUUGCAUUCCACACAGGCUCUCUCAAACUUAGUCCUGUAUCAAUGAUUCCCUUGCGCUUUUCGUGAACAGUCACACCAGUCACUUCUUUAGGCAGGAUAUCUUAGAUAUUCAUUCACUUGUCCAGCACCAUUUACAUCAUACUCAGGCCCAGAUCAGUACAACCUUCUGUUCUGUUGUUUGAUUUAUGAUAUACAUGAAACAAAUACUUGAUUUUUUUAUUUUUAUUUUUUUUUACAGAUUAUCUCAAAAAUCUUUCAGAGGAUUCAUCAGACUACAAUGAUACACAAGGUAAAUAUACUGGCCUUUUUGUAUAACAAGUACAAGGUUAAAGAUAUAGAAGUCUAUACAAUUAAAAUGUGUUAAACAGAGAAUUGGGCUCCUAAAUGUAGCAAGAGACAGAAACAUAUUGCUUUCUCCUUGUUGCUGACUGACCCAUUGAUACCUGUGGUUGAUCACAAGACAACCCUGCUCAUUUUAAUACAAGCAAACUCCAUUAUAAGUGGUGUAAUGAUGAUUAGUUUUUUUUUUUUAAUCUUAAAAUUGCAUGCACGCAUGCCUUAUAUGUAUGACUUUUAUAUACACUGCUAUUUGGUAUCCACAGCCUAGUAGAAUGUCUGAUAAACGUUUCUUGAAGUAAUGGCUACUAUAUACCUUUAUUUAUUAAACCUCGUACAAGGACUCCCUCUAUACUAUCCUACAGUGAGUAGCCAAACCGUUUUUGAAUGGUCUGACACUUACCUGGGUCCCACAGGCCCUUUAUUCGCAUAUACCUAAAGCAUAAGUUCCUAACUCCACAAUAGAUUUAUUAAGUAAAUCCCUAUUUGGACAGGAUUCAUUCACUGAGAGGGAUAGCUUUCACUCAACUAAAUUCUGUCCAGAUAGGGACAACAUUGAUGUCACUCAUACAGAAUUAGGAAUUUUUCCAUUCACUCUGUCAGGAAACAGAGAUGGACUGGAGGCACCUGGAGGACCCAGAUAAGUGUCACACAGUUCGACAAUGGUUUUCCAAUUUUCUAUGUGACGACCCAAGGGACUUCUCACACCAUAACCACUAUAAAGUGAUGUCAUGUAUAUGCUGUUUGGACUGCUCCUUUAAAGGUAGCAGAAUAAGUUUGUGUAAGAAGCUAUGCAACAAACUAAUCCCCCCCCCUUUUUUUUUUUGUUACAGCUGCCUUAAGUGUUGUAAUUGAAGUGGCAAAUCAUGCCAAUGACAUACUGAAGCAAGGGGUAAGUUGUGUUUCUAUUUAUUUAUUCAUUUAUUUAUUUUUAUUGGUAUGCUUUAGGUUGGUGCAGGCAUGUCUGGGCUGUUCAUUUGUAAAGCACCAACAUAUACUGUGGUACUGAGAAAAAAUAAAGGAAACGUAGGUCAUAAUGCUUAAGUUGUGUAAGAAACUGUCUUGACCAGAAGGCAAAUAUAAAAAAAAAUUUAAGGACACCCAGACCACUUUAUCCAUGCCAUGCCCCUGUCUGCUUAAACCUGCAACUGCAGGGCUUAAAUGCCUUCAGUAGCUGUCAUUCUGAUAGCCUCUAGAGGAACUUCCUCCAACAUAGCAGAGUAAAACUAUUUCUCCAGAUGGUCUCAUAGAGACGAUCUGAUUGGCUCGGCACAGUGCUUUCCUAUGGGAAAGUAUUGAAUUGGCUGAGAUCAUCAGUUCAUCAGUCAUCAGUUUAUUUUUUUUAUAGACCUUAAAUCCCUCAAGAUAUUGAACUAUAUUGUUUCUUUAUGUUUUAAGGACAACUUCCAAAAGCUCAUGCAGAUCCAGUACAGCCUCAGUGGCCAUCAUGAAAUCGUUCAGCCAGGACGGGUGAGAAUACAUAAUCCUUUUAAAAAAAUUUUUUUAUAAAAAAAAAAAAAAUGUAUUGUUUGCUGUAUAGUUUAAAAAAAACAAUUUUAAAGAAAAAAAUCUAACUUUUCUUCCACGUGACAUUAUCAAACCAAAUGAGCAAACAGAAGAUAAAUCGGGUGGCGGGCUGGAGGAGUACUUUUUAUCAAAAGUAUCCUUUUUAUCCAGCUUACAUGCUAACAAAUUAUAGGACUUGUUGCUGGUUCUAUGUUUAUUGUGUUUAUUACUCUGGAUGUUUCUGUUUAGCUUUUAUAUGAUGGCGGUCAAUUGAGGGUGUUGGAGAUAAGCAUUCAUUAUAAUGAUAUUGAUAUAUAAUUAGAUUUACACUUUCUGCAAUGUUAGCAGAAUACAAAAUAAAAUGUAAGCAACUAAAAAAAGUUUAAGAAUUUCUUAACCCUAUUAAUAUUAAAAUGUAUAUCAAUAGUAAAUCUAUCAAUUUAUUCACAAACUUAAAAUGGUAGGCCAAAAUAUCCAAAUUGGGAAAAAAACUAAAUUCAACUAUGUUUUCCGUUCAGCUGUUUUUAUCUAAAACCUGAAAUUAACUUUGAAUUCACUCUAAACUACAAACAAUUCACGCUUUACUGAAUAGCCCUGUGUAUAACUUCUUGGCUGUAAAAGAUACAUUGAGAAAUAGAAAGAAAGAAAAUCUCAAUAGUGCAAGUGUUUGGACUGGUUAUGUCUAGUGUAAAAAAUGGAAGUAUAAUGCUCACUAAAUAGUGCUUUGAAGCAAUGCUAAAAUUCCAAGCAGUGGUUAACAAAGUACUGAUGGGAUUUGCCAAGUAUAAAGAGCUUCCUUGAUUCUUAUUUGACUCCGAUCAGGAGCACAGCUUGGCCCUGUUACAUGUGAGUUACCAACUCUGGGAAGACAUCAGUGUAUUUAAUUUAGCAAAUAAUUAACUAAGGUGCAAUUCUGCAAGAGACUAUGGUGGGUAAUUUAGGGAAUAAUUAGAAUACAAAUUAUUGCUUUAUUUUAUACCUGUGUACAUUGUAUAAUAACCUAGCUUUGUGUAAAUGGAAACAUAGUGUGCCUUUCAGUUUAGUAAGUUUUGAUGAACCAUAAAAUGAGUUACAUUUAUUUAUUCAGGGGAGUAUUGCCAUAUCUUUGUUUUAGUAGCAAUAUGUUUCAUUAUACAAGAUUGCAUGAAACGCACCCCAGCUCAUUGUCUCAUUCUGAUGACUCAGGUCUUCUUGAAAGAGGGGACUUUGAUGAAACUCUCCAGGAAGGUCAUGCAGCCACGAAUGUUUUUUCUGGUAAGUUGCCAAGUUAAUGAAAAUAACAUUCUCUAACUCUAACUGCUUGAAGAAAACUAAACAGAAAUAUUAUCAGGAGAGACCAUGGUUAUUUGUGUGUUUUCGAAUGUUGGAUAGCAGGGGAGACUGAUAACUAUGUUAGGCAUCUGGGCUCAGGCUAUAAGUAUUUAUAUUUUUCUGUCUUUCAGUUUAACGAUGCUUUGUUAUAUACAACGCCCGUACAGUCAGGAAUGUACAAACUAAACAACAUGCUCUCCCUGGCAGGAAUGAAGGUAAGAAAAAAAAUCCUGAAUCUCUGACUGCUGUAUGGGUUUCCAAUGUCUCUGUAAGCAAGAUUACUUUGGCAUGAGGUCAAAUAGGAAUUCAUAUGUAAAAAGAACGGUUCUUGUAUCUCCUUUAAAUGUUGUCUGUUACAAUUCUGCCUUUUAAUCAAAAGAAAUUUCAAUGGACCUGUAGAAUGCAAACUAAUUCAUAAACAGUGUUCUCAGGACAGCAAAAACUGAGGUUUGUGAGAAAUACAUGUAAAGGAUUACAUGUAUCACAAUAUCAAAGGGAAAAGGAAUGGCAUGUAAAACACAGCUCCUCACCACUUUCAAAUUUGUCAUGGAUUGUUAAAGUGCUUAAUUGGCAGAUGAACUUUUUUUUAUUCACCAGAUCUUGCCACAGUCUUGUUCAUGAGGACACAGGAUGACAACAUUGAGUUUUCCAGUUGUUCUCAGGGGUAUGCUGGAAUUCACAUAGGAGUCUGUAUUUUUUCAGGUGGGGAAGCCAACCCAAGAAGCCUAUCAGAAUGAACUGAAUAUAGAAAGUGUGGAAAGGUCCUUCAUUCUUUCUGCCAGCUCGGCUACAGAGAGAGAUGAUUGGCUCGAAGCAAUUUCUAGAGCAAUCGAAGAGCACACUAAGAAGAAAAUAACUUUUAAUCCAGCUAAAAGUCAGGAGGAGGUAAAUAAUACAUUUUAUAAUAACCUUAAAAUAUGUUCUUCCCAUUCUAUCCAUGUAGUUGUAACAUUCCAUUGCUAAAAAUAAAUUUCAAAAAAAUCAAAACAGUACAUACUUUCUUUAUCCAUCUCAAUGAAGUGGUCUGUUUGCCAUGUGUACCCCAGUUUUAACCCUCCAGCUGAAAACAUUGCCAUUCUGCAGAGUAUAAAUACCUCUACUUGUUGUCCUUCAGACAGCCACUAGAACCACUUUCGACGAAAAAGCAGAGUAACACUGUUUCAAUCAAAUGGUCUCAUAUAGACCAUUUGAUUUGCACAGCAUGGCGUUUUGGUGUGUAUGUGCACUUGUUUCUUAAUGCUUUCCUUUGGGGAAGCAUUAGAUUGACUGAGAUCAUUGAUCUUGAUGAUCUUAACCAAGGAGGCAGGAUGGCAGCUGCGCAAGAGAACAGGAGAUUCAAACUUUUUUUUUACUUCUUACAACGCACCCUACUCCAAGAGUGUGCGUGACGUAGUUGUGGUGGUGAAAGCAUUAUAGUUCACUAUUUGUCUGUACUAGACCGGAAAUAAUGAUAAAAUCUCCCUUAACACCACCCACACUUAAGCAUAAAUAAUAUGAAUAUUACUAUUUUAACGCUGCCACCACCAAGACAAUUUAUAAAUGGGGUGCCUUGGUCCCCCAGGUAAAUCAAUUAUAAAAAAAAAUCCCACCAAAUACAACUUAGCACAAUAUUUAAGGAAUUGCAAAGAUACUAAUUAGUCUCUUCAGGUAAUGUGAUUCUUUACCUUUUAAUAAAGGAAUAUUUAUUUUGAGCAAAAAAAUUUGUCACGUUUUCUUCUAUCUCCUCUUUUGUACUUGCCAAAGAAAUGAUAAUUGCAUCUAUGAAUUUGUUACCAUUUCUCCAUUCCAUAGAUAAGUCACACUUCUUACUUGUGACCCAAUAUAGCGGACAUCCCAAUCCUUUCCCAUAUGGUCAAGUUAUGCCAAUCAUGUUUGGGCUUGUUUAGAAGAUGAUGCUUGUCCCAUUGUAAAUAUAACAAAAAUUCUUGAACGCAAGGCUAAUGAUCAUUAACAUAUCAAAUAAAUUAACAACUCAAUUAAGAGGCAGAGGCCAUAUGGGUGAAGUCAGCUAGUUUACACCAGAAUUAGACAUUCAGGCAUCUCAAGUGUAAAAUCUUACACACUGCAGAGCUUGGAACUAGAUAUCCAGGCAUAUCCAGUGUAGAAUCUCACACCCUGCAGAGCCUUUGAUUAAUCAUGGGAUCCAUCCAUGUUGCAAACCACCUGCCCCCUUUCACAUUCCUAUACAAUUUGCAUUACCCCUUUUGUCACCUGGCCCCCUACCAAGUGGCCAAUUCAUGUAUGCACCACACAAAUUACAUUAAAUGGCUAUAUUCAAUAGUGUAACAAUGAAUUAUGCACCCUUGGCAUGACACCAAGGACCUAAAUGUUUAACAAGACACUAUAGCAUUAGAAACGCACUAUAGUGAUUAUAAUACCAGCAGCAACUACCCACUCUGCUUUUACUCUUGCUAUAAUAUCUCCAGUUAUCCAUAUGACCAUUUUAUACCUUGAUAUCUUGUUCAUUUACUAUAAACUUUAAUCAUUUAUAAAAAGUUUGAUAAAUCACAUUUUCAAAAAAAUUUCUGGGACAUGUCAUGAAGCAGUUAUUGAACAAACCUAAAUCUGUUGUUUUUUUUUUUUUCUUCAUUAUAACAAUGCAAAAAUUUUGCAAUGUCUCUGUCAUCCAACACCAAAAAUAACCAACCAAAAAAAAUCUCCUCUGCAUGACUCCUUACACAAUGGUAUAACAGAUUUUAAAACCUAUCCUCUUCAGUACAUUCUCCUCUCAGCCUAUAGAAUACUCUUCAUUUUAAUCGGACCUCUGCUUAUCCUUGCACUUCUGCAAUCACUAUCAUGGGUUUACAAAGAGAAGCUUAUUAAUAGAAUCUUUAUUGUAAACUUGUAACAGCUGAAUGUCAUUGAAAAUCCAAUGCAAUCAGAAGAUACACAUGACAUUAACUAUCUUUUGUCUGAAGUAAGUGCUGAUUAAUGACAAAAUGUGCCAAGUAAGAGGGGUUUCAAACUUUUCCCCACAUAAUGUACCAUAGUGCUAUGAUAUCUCAUUCUGCUGAAAAUCAUCUGUAGAGGAUCCCAGAAUCUUACGGGCUCGAACAUAAAUCCCUGCUUUGUACUCGUUUAAAAGUGAGAAUACAUCAGUGACAUAACUCCUAGCAUAUGAAGCCACCUGGAGAGGGAGAUGGAGAGGAAUAUGGUGCCACAGGGCCCCAAGUUUUUCUCCGUUAAUCCAAACUAUAUUCAGCCUACACCUUUCAUGUAAAGUGUUAAGCUGUUAGCACUGUAUAUAUUAAUAUACAUAAACACAUUCUCUUUUAGGCUGACUUAGAGGAGAAAGGAGACUGGGGAGUUCUGGGGUCAAAAGCUCCCAUCUGGAUUCCAGACGGCAGAGCCACUAUGUGUAUGAUCUGCACCAGUGAAUUCACGCUGACAUGGAGAAGACACCAUUGUAGAGCAUGUGGAAAGGUUUGUCACAUGCAAAACUGUGUGCUGUUCACAAUUUAUAUGUUCAAACACAAUAAGGAAUUACUGUCAGGGUUAUUAACUUAAUUGUCAGGUUGUAAAAGUGAAUUUAAAAUGUUCGGACGAAGUAAAACAUAGUCGAUGUAGAAAAUGUUCCAGUUCAGCUAUUUUGACUUUAAAUUCACCUUGUGAAAAAUGAAUCUAGUAGUCACUGCAAUAUUCUGUUAACAGGGAAUCCCCUUCCAUAGCACUCAUGGUGCUUUUUCUUUAUUAUUUUAUUCCUACCUCCAUGGUCGUGCUAAAAACAGCAACCCUGUCUGCAACUAGCAGGCCUCACCCUCUUUAUGUGUUAUGGAAAUCCAGAGAUAAAGUCAAAUGACUGUUCAUUUCUGGUGCUUACUUCAUGUUUAAUAUGGGUACAGACAUUGUUCACAAUUCUAAAAUGCCACAUUUAUUUCAAAUAGCCUUAAAGGCAUGAUGCGCUCAUUUACAGCUUAAUCCAUUGUCUUUGAGGAUGCUCCCUGUGAAAUAGACCAGCUUUUUGCAGAUAGUCAUGCAUGUUGAUAUUUAAACAUUCUAAUUAUAUAGAGCAGCAACAAAAAAAAAUAGCAAUAUUAAAUUCUGACUUGUAGACUAAAAUAUAGAUGGCAAAAAAGGGUCUCUCCAGCUUUUUAAAAACUACAAUUUCCACAAUGCAUUUCCACUCAUAAGGCUGGCAGAUCAAUGUGGAAAGUGUAGCAUAAAACACAAGGGGUAGUCCUUUUGGACAUCCCAGCUCUAAAUAUUAAACUUGAACUCCCAUAGUCAAAUGUUCGAAUGUUGUAUUAUUGUUAUUUGAAUAUAUCAAACAAUUAAUGGAUAUUUUCCGUCCAGAUUAUCUGCCAGGCCUGUUCGACGAAUAAGCAUAGCCUUGAAUAUAUGAAGAAGCAUCUGGCGCGCGUUUGUGAUCAUUGCUUUCAGAACCUCCAGAAGCAAGGUGAUGGCCUCUGCACUCUGUUAUUCUUAGAGAUAUAUGUUCUAAUUCAAUUUCUUUCCAUGGUUCGUGUGAAGCUGGCACAUGUUCCUUUUUACACCGUAAAGUAGCAAUUGACUUCGGAUGUUACAAGGACAUGGCCUGAUCCAUACGGUGUAAUAUAUUUCUGUAGCCUUACCUUGGAUGCAGAAGCAAAACAUCAAAGUAAUAUCUGUGCUGUGAGAAUUUGUUCUAUAGUAUAUCAUUCCUUUUAUCCAGAUGUCAGAUUGCCACGGUCACUGCAGAGUUUAAAUAAGCACUCUAUGUUCAGUGAGUAUGUUGUCAAAGAUCGUGGGGUUAGGCUAGUCCCAUUAUACCAUGGCCUACAUGGUUUGUUAUUGAUUAUUAAUGGGUUAAACACAAACCAGAUUAUUUAGUCAAAUGAGAAUUCAAAAUGUAUAUUAAUUUUUGGUUCCCUGUAGCCAAACAUCUAAAUUUUUAGAACCAUGAUAUUUUGGCUUUCAAUAUAAAAUUCACUUUAGAUUCUCAUUUUAGUAAAUAACUCUGAAACACCUUUUCACUGAUUGUAAAUUUGGGCAAAUUGGUAUUUACUGCAGUGUGUGGCUCAUUACAUUAUGACUCCUUUUGGUGCUUCUGGAAGUGUUGAGUCUGGAGAUUAAAUCCCUGACUGCCUCUAUUUGUUAAAAAUGAGUUUGUAAACCUUUCUCGAGUAUAUGUGCAUACUGGUAGGGGCAGAACCACACAAAUGAGGUGUUGCUGCCCGCUUUGUAGAAACACUGAUGUAGACAGUACGCAUUUUGGGUAAAAUAUAUCCAGAUGUAUUGUUCUAACAAGUGCUGACUUUUACAUUUUUCUAUUUAUUUUUUAUUAUAGACAGUCAAUCCACUCCGAAUACGUCACCUGCCAAUCAAAAGUCUACGUCUACCACUUUGUCCUCCGUCCUCCACAGCAUUCCAUCGGGGAGGAAGCAGAAGAAAAUACCAGCCGCUCUGAAAGUAGGUCACCUCUUGUCAGCUUUUGCCAUAGUUAAUCUGUUAUUUUGAAACUUAAAAUCAUGUAUGCACAAAAAUAGAAAGUAGUUGCAAAAUGACAUAUGUUGCAUUUAAAAUCUGAAGAUGCUUUGGUAGUUUUGUCUCAGUAUCCUCUUCAAAUUAUGUUAAAAUGACACCAUUAUAACAGUGCAUUUCAAACAAUAAAGCAUCAUUAGAGCGCCAUUCAACAGAUUUUCCCAUGUACCCCUUAACCCAUUGUUUGCAAUAGUUUAGGGGACUAUCCCGAUUUGUUAGGGGUUUAAUCAGCACUCUAAAUGUACUGGACUGUAAUUCCUUCAUACUAAGCCAGACAAAGCAGUGUUACUCGUAGUGCGGCAUUUAAAGUGUCUUCAUUGUGUUAGGAUUGUCCUUAAGAUGCAGGGAGUACGCCACUGUAUACAUGGAGAUGGUGUCAAAUAUGCCUGCAAUGUCCAGGUCAUAGAUUUUUCCUAGUUUUAUAUACUUCAGGUGAGCUUUGAAUGUUUAACUUGCCUUAUGACAUUGUAUUAGCCACAACAGAUGCAUUAUAUUAAUAGGUUACUAUUUGGAUUUCAGGAUGUCUAAUCUUGGAAUAACCAGCAUUUUGGUAGCUCUUAAAGACUGGGGUUGGCCAUUUAUUGUAUCAGUAGUGUGAAACGUGUCAUUGUUAUUUAGGUCAUGUUUUACACACCGUGGCAUUUUAUUUAUAGAUUGGAUUAUUUCUAUAUAUAAUCAAUCAUUUCUAUAUAUAUAUAUAUAUAUAUCAAUCAUUUAUGGUGCAUUGCUAGCGAAAUGACAUCUAUAAACUGUGGACACUUUUUCAGGUCUCCGCUAGCACAGAAGACUCUUCCAUGAGUGGCUAUCUGCAGAGGUCAAAAGGCAACAAGAAGCCAUGGAAGCAGCUGUGGUUUGUGAUAAAGAACAAAGUGCUCUACACAUACGCAGCUAGUGAGGUAAGACUCGUCUUCAAAGUACAUUCUUUAUAGGUUUAUACUCUUCAGUAGUUACUGUACUAUAACAUGUUUAAAUUGACUGCCAUGAUGACCUUGACAAUUUAUUGGGCGAUAGCAUGAGGGAUUAAAAAGAAAUCACAUUUUGCAUUCUAAAUUCACGAUUAGAAAAUAAAAGGGUGUAUUUUAAACCAAGCAUGACAGAACCAUUUCCAAUCCAAGAUUUUUGCCAGCCCAAAUUUAACUGAGACUAUUAACUUUUAGCACAAUAAUGAUCAAAAUAUUGUCCCACAUUCUUGUCUCCUGCAUCUUUAGUCCAGUUGCCUUCUCUUGAAAACGUUGCUACGAUUGCUUUCAAUAAAGCAACACAUAAGAUGCAUUACACCAUCAGUCUGUCUUUGCUGACAUGCUCUCAUGUGAGACAGUGCAGUACCCGAGUAGGCUUUUUAGUCUUUUUUUUAUAUUGCACCUGGACUCUUCACAAAAUGUAGUGAAAGUUAUAUAGCGAAAUGCAGCAGCUUGUUUCAAGAUAAACCAUUUUUUUCUAAAUAUAUUCUGUUGGCUUAUGAUGUGACAUGUGCAUUUGUACAAGAACAUAUUGUAAAAGUGUCCUUUUAAUUAAGAACGUGCAUGUCCUGAUCUUUUCAUAGAUAAGUUUAUUCUGUAUAGUCAGGUAUCAAAAGUGACUAACAAACUUCAUUCCUAUAUUAAUUAGGACAUAGCAGCACUGGAGAGCCAACCUUUGCUGGGAUUUACAAUUAAGGUGGUGAACGAUGAGAAUGCAGAAUCGAACGUCAUUCAAUUAUUGCACAAAAACAACUUAUUUUAUAUUUUUAGAGCUGAUGAUACUCACACUACGCAAAGGUAAGGUUUCCAAAAUAGUCACAAACAACCAAUUUUGUCUUCUUAUAAUAUUACUGACUGAAACAUUAUGCAAUAUACAUAGAAUGAAUUGUUGGAUUGAAAACGCGUAGGCUACUAUAAUUUAUUCAUCAGCUUGAAAUUCUGUUAAUAUUGUCAUAUCUCUAAAGGGUUUAACUUUUAAAAUAAUUUAAUAUGCUGAAAAUGUUAAUUUUAUAAUAUUUCCAUACAUUUAUAUAUUUUAAUAUAUAAUACAUUUACUGAUAUUGUAAUAUGUUGAAAAAAAUUAUUUGAAACGUUUAUCCAAAAAAACUAAAUCAUUUGGAAAGCUUAUCCAUCAAUAAAAAAAAUGGGGGACUUGGUCGUCACAAUUCUCUUGUGUUAAACUGAUAAAAUUUGCGCAGUGAGAUUUGUCUGAAAUAGCUCCGCCAAACCGCUGCCAACUUUUUUCUGCUAUACUGUAAACAAAUUAAAAAAAAAUAAACAUAGCUUCGGUAACACAAGGGUAUUGUUGUUAUUAUUGCGAUUUAUAUAGCGCCAACAGAUUCUGUAGCACUUUACAAUAUUAUGAGAGGGGGGAUUUAACUAAAACUUACAGGGACGAUAGGUUGAAGAGGACCCUGCUCAAACGAGCUUACAGUCUAUAUGUUGUUAAGUUAGUGUUACUGGGGUUGGGAUAUUAUGAUGACUUAGAGUUGUGGGUGCUAUUUCCUUGGUUUCUAUAAGGGAUAUCGAAUCAAAUAAAUGGUUGUAAAUAGGCUGUGAGUGAAUAGCUAAAUUAGCAUACUUGCAUAGAGAUUCAGUUGAUUUUAACAGCAAACCAAAUCUUGUAUUCAAUUGCAAAUUCAGUUACUAAAACAGAAUGUAUUUUUUUAUCAGGGUGAAAAAUGCUCUAUUGUUUAAUGUGAAUGUUUUUCUUUAAAUCCAUAAUUAAUUCAGCUUUUUUUUAUCUUCUAUUUCUCAUUAGGUGGAUUGAGGCAUUUCAAGAAGGGACUGUUUUGUAAGAAUUUCUAUAUUUCCCAUCUAAGGCUGCAAGUGGACACGUCUAUAUAUAGACCCUUUACUAGACUCUUAAAACCACGUCCUGUUUCUUGUGCUCAUUUUAGUUUGUAAAUUAGUUUACCAUUUUUUUUACAAGUUAUGUACAUAUUAUUUAUUGAAUCUCCGUUAUCUGUUAAAUGUAUUCCAACAGCCGAUAUGAAACACAGUGCCUUUGACUGUACAUAUGUUUUUACCAGCACCGUCCUGACGGAAAUGUUCUAUUUUUUAUUUUGUCAAUAUAUAAUAUUUAGAUAAAAUCUCCACUCGAAACACUGCUGUUUGUUCUAUUAGAGUUAUAUAAAUAAAUAUAUGUGCAUUUUUAACUUACUGCUGUAAUAUUCUGCAAACGUGUACUCAAAGAAACAAACAAAUAUACAGUAUAUUGAGUGGCAAAAUUAUAAAAUACUCUAAUAUGGUC